AUGCAUGUCUACCGACUGAGUAUUCGGGUUGUUGACCGGAAUUCUGCCCUACCGGAGAAGAGCUUCGCUGACAUGCAACUCCUCGUUUACACGGCCUUCCGGCCCGUCAAGUUUCCUCUUCCCGUCUUCACCGUCAACUUCUCCGAGAAUCUCCCCGCCGGAACAAAGUGAGGAUCGUCCUAACUGAUUCCUUUGUAACUUAUCAAAGAUUGCCUACGCAGGUUAGCUGCUGUCUGAUGACUGGAGUCAAGACAAGUGUUGUAGUUUCAUUGAUAGUAUGCCACUCUUUGUAAAAAAAAGAAACGCUUGUCUUCAGAUAUCCACAGAAGUCCAUGAAACGAUUGCUUGAGUGAUACAGUAUGCCUCGAAACCGAUUUCAUGUAAAUUAAUUUGACUUUGACUGAUUGCUAAGGUUAAUUAUAUAAAUGUUCCUUAAGAAAUCACUACUUGCAAAAUGCUUUGAAACAUGUUAACUGUUCUCUUAUGGAAAACAGAUUACUAAAGCAUAAUGUUUAUUAGCGUUCAGCUUAAUCCAGAGUUAUUUCGAAAUGCCAACAUUUAUUAAGAUAUUUUCAGGCAACAGACUCAAUCAUUCUGGCUGAAACGACACUGCUCAGAUGUUUUCAAAAAAUUUUAAUACUAUUAUAAACGCAGUCCUAUAUAAUCCAAGGGAUGCCAGAGGCUUCGCUACCUAUGCUCGUUUUAUGCAAUUGCUGGAACAUGAUAGCUGAGGGAGGUAUUUUGGUUUUAAAAGAGAUUUUAUUAAGAAACUAAUAUUUGGGAAUAUCACGGGCGUUUGUGCCGUCUCUCAAGGCUGCCAGACGAUAGCCUGUGUAUCUUUGUUACGCGAUUGCGCUCCGCUCUUCUUGCUGCUAGGCGGAUGUGGUAGCAGAUGAGAUCCACCCUGCAUACCUUGAAAGCAGCAUUUAUAAGCCCGUAGAUACUAGGGUUGUGAAUAAUUAUCUUGACACGACUAAAGCAACUCUGACUGCAGUCGAGAUAAAGGCCGUAAUAUCCCACUUCUUUGAAUACCAACUCCCAGGAAUAGUGCGUUCGCUGUUAUGCAAAAGAAGGGAAUUUUCAUAUGUCCCUCUGAUGGAAUUUGGUUGGGUGUGUGUGGAAACACUACAGAUCACUGAGAGUGAAAGCAUGUAUAUUUGGUUAUUGUAUAUGCGACUGUUACUGGUAUAAGUGCUCGAAAGCACUUUAAGUCCAGAUCUGCCAUAUUAGUAUAAAAGAGGCAAAUUAAAAUGCUUUUACACGUUAAGCACUACUAUAACUGGACCUGGAGAUAUUUCCUAUUGGAAGGAAUGUUUUUAAAUAUCAGCAGGAGUUCCGGAUACUGGCAACUCAUCCUCACUGAGAAGCGUUACUCUCAAAGGCAAGGGAUGAGGCCGAACUGGCAGUUUCUGGCCUAUUCCAUGUCAUCAGCCAGUCGUAACCUAGUCAUAGGUCGCAGGAUUCUGGGGUCUAACCCUGUUCCCUGUCUUUUUGACCCCUUCAACUCGUAUUCUGGAAGGCCUUAGUCCUAAGGCAUAACGCAAUUGCCUGUACUGGUCCCACAACCAGGAUAACUCGCAGGCCAUUCUUCUGCGAAUUUAAACACUCCCCACUGCAAACGACGAAAUGUGAGUUCACCCAACCCCCGGCCCUUCCGUCAAGGAGUUGGGGUAUCUCUGUGUGAUGAGAUAAAUAAGUCAGAAAUGACAAUUACUAAUUUCUACUGUUAUUGGGCUUCGUCGCCGUGAGACAUUGCGCGAGGUCUUCAUACCGGAGGUCGAAAUUAUUCAGAUGCCAGGCUACGAUAGGGAUAGCUUGGUGAAUGCCACCUGAACUUAUUUUUAACCAUGUGGAUGGAGGCUUCCAGGUUGUUUUCUUUGUGAAGAGGGGCUUACGGUUGACUCACUUUGACAAUGGUAGGGCAAUUAAAUCUGUUAUGUUGGACCACACCCUGUUGAUGAUUAUCUCGUCUAUGAUAGGCCAAACAAGGUCACACACACACAGCCGCGGACAUUCACGCUCACAAAACGUCUGAUUAGGCACUCAGGCACGCAAGCCUUUGUCACUCUCAGUUAUCAGCCCCCUCCCGUGUCACGAAGUAGACGCCGUUGAUGGUGAGACACGGAAUCUCGCAGGAUGCGCUAAAGCCCGACAUAGGUGGCUGCUCAAGUUUGUCCUUUGAUAAGUAGGUUUAGCGGCCACUCAAUGCACAAAACGAAAGUGCCUCAAGGCCGGCUGCAAUCUCAAAAGCUACUCUCUCAAGCAGAUGGGGGGAGAUGUUAACUGGUAUAAUAUAUGCCCUCACUUCAAUCUAUACUUUGUAACAUGUUGGUUUAGAUUUGUAGAUCUUUCAAGUCCUUUGUGUUAUUUUCACUAAUUGUGCAGUAUAUGUCGAAAGUUUACCCAGAGUUCCCAAAAGUCCGAAUUACUCUUUAAUAGCCUGGGAAUCUCAUUAUGUUUAUUGCCAGCUUCUAACAGAGCACACUUUCCCGCAAGCUGGGCAGGACGAAUAAAAUGUCUGCGGGUCCUGAAAUUUACAAGUGUUUCUUGCCUAACUAUGUGUCUGGUCCAGUCAGCCUUGCUGCUUUGACCCUUCCUAUGUCCUUAUUGUCCUCCACUAUGCGGUCUUGCCUACGGUAAGAGUUACUUACUGCACUGGUGCCUUCAAUUGAGCACAGUUCUGCAAAGCGGAACCUGCCCACUGGCACUUAUACCCUGACAUCGUUCGCUAGGGAUGAGUUCUGACGUUUACAGAGUUGUUGAAAACCUAUUGCCUGGAAUUUCCUAUUUGGAAAUAAGGAGGAAUACAGAAGAAACAUUGUCCAAAGUUUCCGGACUGGCUGACCAAUUUCAUGAUUUGUGUAACUUCAGCCCCAGUCACUCUUUUUUGCGUUCUUGAGUUCUACAUUCACACACGGCGUUCGAGCUCAGCUGGGUGUCGUCCAAGUGAGGCGAACGUAUUUCUACGUCUGAAACGGCAGAUCUAUUGGUGUCUUCAGUGAACUCCUGGGGUCCUCUCCGAAGAACUGGUGUCGAUAAAAUUAAAAAAUGCUCGUGCGGUAGAAAAAUAGAUAUGAUUAUGCUUGUACCUCUUCCUGAAAUUUCUGAAACGAACUAGUUUCCAAGGUCGACUAUGCGGGCAGAGAGAUAGUGGAGGCCUGGCACGCAGAUACGGCUUCCACAAAUGUCUGCAUGUAACCCAUGUUGUAGCAGGUUCUGCUGGCACUCCAUCCUCGGGGUCGCAGAGAUCAGAGCGAAUAGCACGCGAUAGGGGGUGAAAGUUGUACUAAACAGCUUGGUGGUCGUCUACGGCCUCUAGCUCGUCUCUGAGAAGAGCCCAGGCAAUUUCUCAGUGCGGCUAAGAGCAUUACUAGACAGCGUGGUGUGUGUGGCGUUAAUUAACACUGGCGAUUUAAUGUUGUUAACCUUCAACAGACCGAAUAGUAAUCAUUCCCUUCCAGUGGUCGUUCGCCCACCUUCUGAAACGCCAUACGUUAACCUAGUCUAAACGUGGGUUUUUGCGAAUUGUGGAAGAAAACUGGAUUGGCAUAUUCAAAUUACCACUAAAUUAUCGAAGAAGUUAGAAUCUGCUCAUGUCUUCAACUAUUGAAGAGUCAGUUGGCGAACAUAUGUUUUCGGUAACUCAUCAUCGGGCCGAUACAUUUACAUGGAUAAUGAUCAUUCUAGUUGUUGACAGGAUAUAAAUGCGUCGCAGGGGCGGGGUUAAUCAGAUUCCAUGUUCCCCCACCGCCGGCCUGACGGAGUCAGCGUCUUGAGGACGGUGAAGUUGGGGUUGGAGGGGGAGUGGAAGGAGAGGAGUUACGGUUAGAUUGUAAGCGCUGUAAGUGCGUGUGACUGCUCUCAGGGUGUCGGGACGGCGUGCGAUCACCGCCUUCAACUAUUACUGUUUGUCUUAGGAAGGCAUGAUGUAUUUCAUGUCUAUGCAACAAUUCCGCUUGCAAUAAGAAGAAGAAUAAAAGAGGCUUAGAAAGAUAAGCAGUUUUUUUACCAAACUGCGUUGGUAGUGGACGGGGGUUGGGGACGUGAGUAUUACCAGUUGUCCGCGUUGAUAUAGUUGCGUGUAAAACUGUCCCGGAAGCUCUGGCUAAUGAUUAUAAAAGGUCGCUUAGUGAUAAUUAAUAUUUGUUCGUUUCUAAGCAUGUCAGUAAUCGUGGUCACUUAUUCACAGUUUUCUCCCAAAUAAUAGAGAUAUUGUAAAGCUUCUUAUUAACUGUCCACAAAAAGUCACGCCUCACUACCAAUACAGCUAUCUUCAGUGGAUUAUUGUUGAAGAAUUGCGAAAAUUCUCAAAGCAGUAUCUUGAAGACUAGUUGGCGAUCGUACGUUCGCUUUCGAUAAAUUUCCGUCACGCCAGUACAUUUAUAUGGAAACCGGGUACAAGUAAAACAUAUCAGUGAUUAGAGAAGUCGAUUGAAGUUCGUCUUAGAACGCUGGCGAGAUGUGGGAAUAUGGGGGAGCGAGAGAGCGGAAGGGCGCAGAGAGUUGCAUACACAUAGUUAUUCAACUUUUGACCACGUUAAGCGCGGAGCCUGAAGGAGGGUCCCCUGUACGCACAUGAUCGUACACUACUUUUUAAAAGGUAUCCAGUCUUUGGGGUUCACACGAUGCCCGAAUUAUUGUUUAAUCCCAUAGCUUAAUAUGCGGCAGAGCAAUUGUAAGUGGACAAGGAUGGCUGCUGCCGACGAGAGGGUGAGAUCCACGAUACAGUUCUCAUCUGCAUUCCGAACGUAAGGUUUGAUAUUAGACCGACUGAAGAUUCAGAACAACUGUGGGCAUUAAUCUAGCAAAGGAAUAUGAAGUGGUUUUCCCUGAGCCCAACACGCUCCUAUGACAAUCGUGGAUUUUAAUAGUUAGUCCCGAUUUUAUUUGGCCUUAUAUAGUUUCUAGUUUCAGUCGGAUCGUAUGGUUCUUUCGAAAUAAUUCACAAAUCCCGACUAGGGCAGAACACGGAAAUAGGAGCUUCCCCGAAUACAGGUGGCAAUGCGCUAAAUUCCAGGGAGAUGAAGAUCACGGUUAAGGUUGGGGUUAGGACCAAAACACGAAAAUAGGUAUCAGUCCUGAAUUUUUGCAAAAGGCCGCUUGUAUAACUUCAGAUUUCCUAUUCCCGAAUCCUAUUCCGGUUAGUAAAAGAUUCCCUAAGAAAUAUUUUUAGAUUUUCUCCAUAAAACAUCAGAAGGCUUAUAAUUUUUACAGAGGUAUGUAGAAACUACUCACUGUUCCUGUACGAAUGGUAAAACAGUGUUUUGUGUUUUGCGUUCGGGUCGUUUAUUAUCCACUUUCACUGUUACUACGUUAUUUAGCGGAGUACCAGCUUCAGUGAUGGAAUAUAAAUUUUUGUCCGUACUUUUUUCCCUCCAUUCAACAUCGUAUGAAUGCACGGCUUGCUGGGCUUCGUUUGACUGCCAAAAGUUUGGUGGUCGUCAGCACGAAGCGAAAAUGUUCAAGAAACAUUUGAUGUCUGACAGACUUCACGCGCACACACACACACACAAACACGACAGCUCGACCGUCGUUGUCGACGAUGUCCACAGUGUGCCCCACAGCAUGGUGGAGCAGGGACAGUGACUUGUGCGUGAAUUAGCCUAUAGUGAAUGUGGACUUGUACAGCAUCUACCGCACUCCCUCUUCCCCACCUGGACCCGGUGUCAAGAUGUAGUCAAGAAGACCGGAGGCGGGGAGGACGCAGGUGGAUGGCACGGUUGAGCCUGCACCUUGGCGCUCCACUUCACACCCCUUGGUCCACGGAACAAAUGACCAGAUUUUUGAUCAAUAACAACAAUAAUGGGAGGUGGAAGGGAUCCCAGUGUGCGCGACUUCUGCCGGCAACCGGGUCUGCCAUCGAACCCCCAAAUGUUGGCAUUUGUUACGGCGUGCAAUCCGAUAACACCUGCCAGAAUCCGAUAUGGCCCCCCUUUUGGUUCAGCGCAUCUACCAACUGGCCCGUUUUGGUGACACACACACACACCGAUUGUUCACCCAUCACCUUCUAACAUGACUUGCUCGUGAGCGCACUUUAGGGAGGAUGUAAUUCGUUUUCUUUUUUUCUCCCACUUCCCCCUAACGUCGCGUUCAAGUGGAAAUCUUAAUUCAUGAUUUGACAUUAUGAUUGAGCAUGCAGGCUGCUUGGUCUACACUCGUCACAAUUCCCGGACUGUUCCCGCAUAUAAUUGAGCCAGAAUGAGUCACAAGUACACGCAAAGGAGGAAAAUGUUGACCCUUUGCAUGCGACAUAAGUCCAGCCGACUGUUCUGGCCUCCAUUUUGCGGUACGUACCCCAGGAAGACCAACGUGGGUGCGUUUUUAGUCUGUCCAUAUUAUAGUCACGCUAGGUCAGUUAAUAAGAUUAUGUUCUUGCUUUAAGGAGGUUGGCUAGUUUGAAUGUGAAAUUUAUCAACAUUGUAAGUUGGUUAACUGAACGCAGGCCCAGAUUCCCUCUAGAGUCGGAAAUGAAUGUCACAAUUUCCCCAGCGUAAGAAGUUUGUUAAGCAAAAAGCAUUCCCUUGAUCGAUAGCCAGCCUUUUGUGUAGCUAUCAGUUUUUAACAGCCCGUAUACUACUUUUUGAAGGUAUCAAGUGUUUGGAGGUUGAUGUCGACUUGCAGAGAAUUCUCUUCAUAAGUAUGCUCCUACCAUGAUGCUUUCUUGCCUUUUAGAUUGCACCCCUACCACACGUAUACUUCCUCUUAAACCGACUUCAUUGUCUUCUGUUUCUCUCUUCCCAUGUGUUAUGUUACCUUGCUACAUCUGCUCCUCCUCCUCCUUCUCAGUUAUACUACAUGGGAACCAGAUUUGUAACGUUACUACUGCAAAGAGAGAUCAGUGUCCUCCGGAAUCGACUUGUCGGUAAUUUUCAACUCAGGAGAAUAACAAAUUUCAUCUGGCAGUACAGCGCAAGAAGGGAGUACAGCUAGACCACUAACAGGGCGUUUUUACUCUCGGCAUAGUUUUGCCUGUAGAGGUCACGCAAACUGUAGCUACAUUUACGUGAGAGAUUAGUUAUUUUGAUCUGAACAAGGGAGUUUAGAGUUCUACGCAUCUCCCAGUACGUAAAUGGUGCCAUGGUUGUGGUUUAGAAAAGUUAGUGUCCACACUUUCCAAGUCUGAAAAUAGAUCAUAAUACUUAGUUAUUUCGCAAACGCCUCCGUUAUUUUUAUGAUAUGUUGAAGCCCAUGCCAUGUUUGGUCAGAACUGUUCAGCAGACAUACCAAUGUAGCUAUCUGGCAGGAAAUCAUGUUGCUCGAAGCAUGUGGGCCACGGCAGGUUCACCCAGAGUUCACGCACCGCUUCGCUGUGGCCGUCCACAAAACCCAGGUUUAAGCCGUGGCUUGCCGGGCAGGCGGUGUGUAGGGAACGGCUUGGUAGAGGAAUGCUUCAAGCAGCUUCCAGAUUCUAAGUUUCACAUCGUCACUCAAGCCUCCGGCAGACCAUUGUUAGGUUCCAGGAUCAUGCAGACGGUCAAAUAAACCCUAUGGCGGGGUCAGAGGCUGGCAAAUUUUGCGUGUCUCAAUAUUUCUAUGGCUCGUGACAUCUGCGUUAAUAACAAAGUCAUCAGAACGAUGUUCCGCUGGGCCUAAAUAAACUACGGUUCCCUGUUCAGCAACUGUUUAUCAGUUGGAGGCAGAGCCUGCUGAUUUCUCAGCCAAUCCUUCAGAAGACCCUUUCACUGGCCACCAACGACAGACACCCCAGUUAUUUGCAGCUAGUCGGAAAGGCAGGCUCUGUCCUUGCCGUCGUUCUGAGGACGCGUGCCGCUGAGUAGGGGCAGUUGCAUGUCGCAUGUAAGGUGCUUACAGGAUAAUUUUGCUUACAUUCAUAGACUGACUGAAGAAGAGAGUAUUGGCUGCUGUUCCGGGGCCACACAUAUUCGUAACAAAUACGCCGAAAUUCCUAUAGUACUAACUCAAAUUUUGGGAUAGGCUUUUGACUCUAGAAGACCGUUUAAGUCGUAUUGCGAUAGACACAAACAUGCAACAUAAUCAUUGGUUGAUUUCCGCAUCGUAGCAUUGUGAACGUUGAUUGGCCGUCUUCCCAGCAACCUUUUUUACUUCACCAGACAAAACAUCAGUGUUUAAUUAUCAUUUAUUCGUCAUUCGUUAGGGGAUGCUGUGGGAGAUUAUUUGCUUGUCCUAGGAGGCAAUGUUAUGCACUGAUUAACAUAGCAAUACACCGUUUACAAAUCCCGGGUUUGAAAAUAUAUUUUCAAAGACCAUCGUUUGUUAGUUGUUGUAUGUACAAUCUCAUAUACAUUAUUAAGGAGUACCGACAACGACGGAAGAGAUUGCACACACGCAUUCCGGCAUAAUAACUUUCCACUGAACAUUCUUCCUACCGUUCACUCUAAAAAUUAUCCCUUUUUAAUUUUUGUACUUUUGCAUUGGAUUGGCCGGCAGAAAGUUUCAUGUUUAUAACUCUUUUAUAGGAGAUGCGGUUCUGGUAGAAGUCGCUAUUUAAGAAAAUGAGCAAAAUUGGCUCGACAAAAAUGUGUAUUUUAAUAGCUUUCUGGGACUUACUACUAUUUCAAUAUCCAUGAUUUAAAAUAUGUCUGGAUGCCCAAAAUUAACUCAAGGUCUCUUCCGAUCUCAGGAUGUCUCUUUACAACAUAAGUCAAAUUUGAAUUCUUUACUGUGAAUACAUAAGGUAGGUUAUUUGGAAGGCCCAAAACAAUCGUUCGGGCUUCGAAGCCGGUUUAUUUGUAGUUUACUCUAAAAGUUCAAGGCACAGUUUUAAAAAUCAUGGCUUCUAACGAGAUUUAAAUAGAUUACGGGAAAUAAGCAUUAUUUUAGUUAUCUCGAAGAAAACAUGGUGAUAUUUUGAGCAUGUAAACUCGGAAUACAAUUUGUGUGAUGCUUAAGUAGAGACUUUCCGCCUUGAAAUCUUACCAUGGAAGACCAGUCGUACUUCUAAGGGACUACCAGUUCAGCAGGAGGUAAGAAGAAAUAGCAGGUGCUAUUCACUUUGAUUAGCGGCGAAACUCAAUCGUUCUGCAGAAGAACUAAUUGAACGUUUGUAGUCCAUUUUUCACGCCCUUUGGCGAGAACGACAUGUUCGUAUUCGCACCUGUCUGUCCUUUCAGCUCUCCUAUCCUGCAAGCACGAGGCCCCUCAAAAACCUGUCAGGGCCCUUUUCUAUUUUUAAUUUCCGAUUAAGAGGGUGGACCCUACCCGCAUGUGGCGUGAAAAGGGCGUGUCAGUCAAACCUAUGGUUGGGAACUGUCGACUUACAUGCGACUGCCGCGCGUGGAAGAGUGGGCCAGAAUUCUCGGACCUCGCGGUAUCAGUUGAAUAGGCCAAUUUGUUUCCAGUUUAUCAUGCUAACCCCGUGGUAGUUUAUCUUCGCUGAACCUUUCAGUCAGUAUAUUUGGAGUAAACGACAGAAGCCAUGAAAACUCAAUUUAGAGGGUACAGGUAUAAAGUAAAAUAGUUAAACUGCAAAACUUUUGCUUGCAGUUUUAGUAGGGAGAAUUCAUAAAUCUAAUAAUGUAACAUAAAGGUUAAAAGGGUAUUAUAUUCGCAAAAGAAUUGCGAAAAACUUUGUUCACUGCAUUCGGACUGUGAAAAUUUCAAUAUGGGCUAAGUUUGACGCAAAAAAUAGGAUCUGUUGAAAUCUAGUUAGUAGUAUAUUUAUAGUCAUUUGAAUAAUCCGUUAGAUCAGGCUUCGGCAGUUUGGGUUGCCUUUCAGAAGGUGAGUAUCCAGUUGUCUCUUGAACACGUUCACGGUAGGGGAAUUAACAACAAACUCCGGCAAAGAGUUCCAUUGGCGAAUGACCCUCUGCGAGAAAAAGGAGGAACGUUGAUUUGUGUGGCACAGUUCCUUUUUAAGCUGGUAAUCAUGUCGUCUGAGAUUGGACUUGGGUGCCAUUUCAAAAAAACGUUUCCCAGUCGACAUCCAGAUUAAGUCCUUUUAUCAACUGGAACGUUGCUAUGAGGUCACCUCUGUCCUGCCUGUAGUGGAGGGGAUAGAGGUUCAAGGCCGUCAGGCGCUGCUCGUACGUGAAAUUUUUGAGGCCAUGAACAGCCUUUGUAGCACGCCGUUGUACACCUUCAAGGAUAGCUAUAUCCUUCCGAAGCCACGGCCGCCAAGCCUGUACCGCAUAUUCCAGGUGCGGCCGCACAAAUGUCCCGUAUACUUUGCCAAAGACAUCUUUAUUCAAGUGAAUAAACGUUCUGCGUAUCGCGCUCAUAACGGACAUUGCCCGCGCAGCGACUUUAGAACACUGCGUGGUGACGUUUAGAUCGUCUUUAAUGAAUACACCGAGAUCUUUUUGCAAAUCUACGGUUUUAAGUGGUUGAUUGUCCAGGAGAUACUGUCGUGGGGGUGCAUUUGUUCUUCGCCUCGCUGAUACUACGUGCAUUACUGCACAUUUUUUGACGUUGAAUUUCAUGCACCAUUUCUCGCUCCAUGCGUGCAAAUUCGUUACGUCCUCUUGUAGCAUCCUGACGUCAUCUUCAUCUUUUAUCGCUCUCCAAAGUUUAAGGUCGUCUGCAAAGAGCGCUAUAUCUGACUUCACUUCCCGUACCAGGUCAUUUACAUAGAUAAUGAAUAGGAGCGGCCCAAGAACUGACCCCUGUGGGACUCCACUCGUAACAGGUGCCCAUUCUGAGCAGUAGCCGCCCGCAGUGACUUUUUGUUGCCGUCCGUUUAGGAAAUCUUGAAUCCAGUUCAGAAGAUGUCCUCUUAUCCCUACUUCUGAUAACUUUUGAAUGAGGCGCUUAUGUGGGACGCAAUCGAACGCCUUGCUGAAGUCAAAGUAAAUGACAUCAACUGGAUAUCCUUUAUCCAUGGCCUUUGACCAAUGUUCGAGUGACGAAAGCAGAUUUGUGAGGCAGGACCUCUUUUCGCAGAAGCCAUGUUGAACUGAGACGAUGUGAAAGCGGAAAGUAUCGAGUGAUGUAAUAGAUUUUUUAACUAUCCUUUCCAUCAGUUUGCAGCAAAUGCAUGUCAAACUAACCGGCCGGUAGUUGGUGGGACAUAGCCGUGAUCCUCCCUUGUGGAUAGGUACGACGCUAGCCAACUUCCAUGUGUCAGGUAGUUUGCCAGCUUCCAGCGAUUUUUGGAAGAUUAUAGAAAGUGGCUCUGCUAAUUCUUCAGCUAGCUGGCGCAGGAGUACACCUGGGAUCUCAUCUGGUCCAGGUGAGUUGGCAGGAUCCAGCUUAUUUAGCUCUGCUAAAACUAACUGCUAACAUCCUUGUUUUGCCGACGCCCUGCUGAGAACUGCAAAGCCUUCUUGAGCACAGCACUUACAGGCCGCCGAUGAUCUGAACUAUCAGCCAAACUGUUCCUAAAUUCCUGAGAUUUUAAACUGACUGAUUUGCGCUUCUGUAUGCAGCCUAUUACAUGCUAAAAACAAAAUAAUAUAAAAAGGCUAUGCAAAAGGAUCUCUUUUAGCUAACAGACUCGAGAUUAACGUUUUCAAAUCAGGUCUUAUGAUGAAAGUACCCUAUAAAUUUAAGUGAGUAAAUUAUGAAGUCUGAAGAGGACGAUGAUUCAUCCAAACUGAUAAAUUGUGCAGUCCGGGAAAUCUUUUAACCUAACGAUAAGACCACUUACUUGUCCGCAAGUUGAAACAUCUGCUUGAAAUCCAACAAUCAGCUGUGAAAUCCAGUGUAUUUUCGUGUUAUGUCUUAAAAAUAGUCCUUUCGUUAGAGCGAAGAACGUCUACUUAAAUCUACCUUUAACUGGACCUGAAGUUUGCCCAAACUCACUUUUGGAGUGAUAUCCGCCGAUAUUUCUUGAUUGAAGAAAGGGAACACGUACGUUUGAGUUCGCAGUAUAGCUCCGUUCUAGGUUGCUCGUCGGUGUAACCAUAAACAUUUCCGAUCGCAGUCUUAAAGUCAUGAACCUGGGGUUAAAAUGCUAGAGCGCCUUAUUAACUGGCCGACUGAACUAACUCCAAUAGUUCGAUUGUCCCCAGCCUGCAGCCGGUUAUGAUCGGCCGACGUGAAGAACAAGCAAGAAACGGUCAUUGCAAUCUUCCUUUUUCUCUGACGGUGUUGCCCACCGACUAAAACUUUCUUUUACCGCAUAUUUUGGAGGUGACUAUUGGUUUCAGCGAUUUCCGACAGCCUGAAGAUAUCUGCCAUCUGAGAACGUUUUUUAAGCGUUUGCGUGAGCGUUUUUAACUGAAGAUAACGGCGGAAAAGUUCCUUAACUGAAUACUGGCCGACAGGUAAAAUGGCUUUCAGGAGAUUUAAUACGCGCGUUAGGUUGUUUGUUAGGUUGACCGUAAAAUAAAAUGGCUACUUGCUAUUAUCGUAGUAAACACUGCGAGAUUUCUGAAUAUCGUUCGUCUUAGGCCUGAAUGGUUUCUUCCAUUGUGCCCUUGAGCAGAUUAAUUUCCCGAGCAAUGGCUUCAUUAGUAUGAGGUUCGCUUGCAAGCAACCAGUCAAUCUAGCAUCUAUUAUCAUCGCACUAUCGGGAAACAUUUAUAGUGUCUCACCGCUAUCCUCUUGGCUAAUUUUAGCAAAGCGUUUUUGCAACUAGUAUUAUUUCUCAGUAAUAAAUCACCUGAUCUGGGGAAGCCGAAAAAUGUUUGUCUACAGCAAAUUUCAGUAGCGUAGAGUAGUAUUCGACUGUGUUAGGUGGGGAUGAUAGAAAUCGAACCGCAAGUUUCGGUUCCUUAAAAAGUACGCAAUCCUAAAGCUUAUUCUCAAUAUUUAAGGUCCGCCCGCUUAUGCGGUACGCACACAAUUUUCUCUCAAAGUUUUGUAUUUUGCGUCUUAUAAUGAAAACUGACGGUUGGUAAAUGCUGUUUUUGUCCUAGGUCGUGAUUUUGAAGUUUCGGCGUGCAAAACACAACCCCAAUCUAUGUAACUCUGUGUCUAAGCAUCAAAACGUCCUCGCAGGCAGACUGAAAAAUAACAGUAAUAACGGUUUCAACUGACAUUAAUUAAUACGCAUCAUUAACACAGAUUCGCAAGUCGGGAGCUAUAACCCCGACACUCCGGUAUAUAAGACGAAGUUUUACCCACUAUGCCACGACAUCUACGGGAAUGUGGCCUAACCUUUGUAUCAGUAUGCUUGGUCCAAAUAAUUCCACAUCUAUUUCUUAAACUACGAUGACAGGUUCUGCUAUGUCUGGAGAUAAUUUCUUUUGUAGUCGGAGAGGUGCAUCUCCACUCAAGAAUCUGUUUGACUUACCCAAAAAGGAGGAGCACUCUCACAGGAGAGUGUUUGUCUUUUUUCCCAUUAUUCUGACACUGAAGGAAACUUCCUAUUUUUUGUUGCAGUAUUGGCACUAUUCCAGCGUUGCCCCUCAACUACGCCUACGACCGCGUCUUCUUCACCCUCCUUCGAGUCCCCGCUUCCUCGGAAGCGCCGGUGCAGUUAGUCGACGGAGCAACGGGCAGCUUGACGACAACACGUGUCCUGGACUACGAGAAGCUGCUCGACCACUCCUGGCCAUAUCUGGUGCAGGCAACGGAAAACAACUCUUACACUGCUACAGCUGUGGUCAGUUCAAGAGGGUUUUUCAUAGAACCUUCAUCUUUUGAACAGUCUUGGGCAAAUCGUUUAGACAAAAUGAAAACGAUUUACUCCCUUGCUCUCUUAAGUGCUAGAAAACUGACGGGCAACACUAUAUUACUAGAAUAAACCAGCAGUUCUCUCUCAACUCGUCCGAAACAUCAUUAAAAUUUUACGUUGAACUCUUUUGCCGUAACUGCGGUUGUGUAUGUUGGUGAUUCUAGACGCCCAACUGUCAACAAUUUAUGUAAUAUAGACUAAUAGUAAACGUUCGCUCAUAUUUUCUAAGACGUUAAUUUGAUUCGGUGCACUUAGGACCCUGUUGGGUCCAUCAAAUCGUCCCCUACUAGCCCUCAGACAAACGUUUGCUUUUAAACCAAACCUCCGCCCGUUAAAAUUUGACUGGUUGCACAAGUUAUCCGAUCGAGCUCUUUUCUUGCGUACUUUUCAGAUGGUCGUCACAUUGGUAGACACCGAUGACAACCCUCCAUUCUUCCAACUGGCGGAAUAUGAAUCGCAAACCGUUCGCGAAGACAUACCCAACAACACUGUUGUCAUAGAAGGUAUGUUGUCAUUAUGAGGACUGCCCGGCAGAGACAUAUUUUCCGAGAACUACUGGAGAAAUCGAGCAUUUUAAGGCAAGAUGAAUUAGAAUUCCAGACUUCUAAAGCAGUCAGAGGACUCACUGUUAUGACACUGAAAAGCCUAGGCAAAAUUUUCCUCCUUAUACCGUGUACAAACCAGGCUUUUAUCGGACUUCCCUAAUUUCGCGUUUCCUCCUGAAAAAUAAGAAUACCUCAAAAAAUUCCAAAUUGUUCCCUUAAAAAUAUUAAGUGGGCGUUUUAUUUUAGUAAUGCCGGACGAUCGGGAUGUUGCACCAGAAAAUCGACAGUACGUGUACUCACUCAGCGGCGGAGGCGCGGCGAACUUUUACGUCGUCAGUACACCAAGCGGUGCAGCUCAAAUUCGAACUGUGCGGUGAGUCAGUUUGCGUCUUUCUCAGGCCUAGGUAACUGAUUUUUCCGUCUUUUGCGAAUCCCAUGAUUUCUCAGUUCGACUGCCGCGGACGGCGACCUCCACCGUGUAACCCUACGACGAAGGGGAGGGCUCAGCGGCUGACAAAGUUGAACAGCCCGUUCGCACUUGGGAGACCGGAGCUGGCUCUCGCACAUCUGUCGGCGCACUCGCGGAAGCAUGGUGGCGAUUCGGACCCCGUCCACGUGAGAGUGCCAUGAGGCCGCAUUCAGACGGAGCCACUGCAAACUUUCUAGCCUCACUUCGACUUGCUUAUCUUUCGGUGCAGGCGGUCAGUGAAUCUUUCAAACCUUAUUUUUCCACCAUUCUAGGUCUCUGCGUUAUGACAAUCUGCCUCCAGGCCGACCGUUCUACGAACUUACCUUGCGUGCUCAGAGUCCCCCGGGCGAUGCGACCACCCUGAUUCGCGUGCGUAUUCAAAACGUUAAUCGUAACGCACCCGUGCUGAACCCGAUCCCCCCGCUUCAGGUUUUUCGAGACAUUGCGCCCUCCAGUGCCUUUGUGCAAGUCAGCGCAUCUGAUGCCGAUGGGAGUCCCAUGCGGUUCUUUUUUGUCAAUAACGGUGAGUCUCCAGCAUGACCGUCAACAGAUAAUUCCAUUCGUUCGACUGUGAUUUGAGAGUCCAAAGACGGCCAUACCAUCAGAUCAUCACUGCCGUGUAAUUGUAUUUUUCUUUAAGCUACAAACAACCUCGUCGGGGUUCUUGGGCCCUUUCGACUGGAUGCCACCAGCGGCAACGUCUACGUGAAUUCAAAGCCCGAGUUAAAGGUCUACUACCUGCUGAUUCGUGCCGAGGAUGACGGCAGUUGCCCUGGUUGUCCCAUUUCAAGCCAGCGCCUUCUUAGCGAGCCCAUAACCUUACAGGUCGAGGUAGUUGAUCGCAACGAUCACGCGCCGACCUUCAGCGUCUGUCCACCCAGCAUGACUAUCAGGGAAUUGGCACCGGCAGGAACAAGAAUUGGACAGGUAACUGGUAAACUGCCGAGUCGAUAACUGCAGGGGUUUUCGUUGGCUGUGCGACUUAAGCGGCAUUUGUAGCACAAAACUGAAAUUCCAGUACAAAUACCUUCUUGUAGAAGCUGACCCCGGCAGACUGGAAGCUCCCACGGCAGUCCAGCGCUCGUAGAACUAAAGGACUAAGCAAAAUUGGUAAAAAUACUUAGUGAGGCGCAAGUCGUACCGACAUGUUUACUACCUUUUCUCCAGCAUUCAUGGUUGGUCUUCGUAAACCUCACUGCACCAUCUCCUUUUUAGGUGGCGGGAGCAGAUUAUAAUGAUUUAUUACGUCCACUCCUCCCUAAACGUCCCAUUGUUUGUUAUGCACCUGUAUUUUUAUGUUAUAGUGGUUGGACUUGUUAUGUGCUUCCAUGCUCGCCGUGAAUAUCCUCGGACACGACGGUCAAACUGUCAUGCUCCUUUUGGGACACAUGUAGCGUCUAACAGCGAAGUUCGUGCGCUAAAUUUGCCACCACCUGUGCUACUAGUCGAUAUGAAAUUGUUAUGGAUUAACAUGCCGAAGGAGGAAGAGGAGAGGGAGCUAACCUCGUAGGAUUAAACGCGUUCUUGUAGUCGCAUGAACCCAUUUUUCCACAUCACUUCCUGUUUGUCCGUCUUCGUAUCCAUUUUCCUUCCAAAACCUACUUCUAAUCGGUAUUCCUUUGUAGUUUCCCCUGUUUACUGACAACAUAUUGUUUCAAUUAACCGGUAUAGGAAAGUUUACUGGGUUCUCAUAAUUAUACCCAUAUGAUGGUCGUAUAGUUAUGCAAUGCACAAGCAAAUUCAGUUUGGCAGGAUUUUUUCGUCAUUGGUUUCUCGAAUUUAACGCAGUUCUCGACCAAUUGUCGACAGUUUACAUGUGCAGUCAUUUCUGCAGCCUUUGUUCUUUCAGUCGAGGGAGAGUUUCAUGGUUCUGGACUUCUGUUGGGCUUUGCUGUUGUCUAAGCUGUCUCUUAUAGUUAAUGAUUGUUUUGGCCCCACUGACAGCGUACUCUUGACUGAGGAAGUACUGACUCUAGACCACCUCAUGUAAACCGGGCCACAGUGUGCCACUGGCUAAAGAGAUUCCCAAACUUCCUACUUGCCUAGGUAUUCUGGCUGCGAUCAGGCUAUUUUUUGUUUUUUUUUAGACCAAUCCCUGCGUCAACCACACUACUUAGCCACCUCACAGUUGAAGAUUCUCUACCACAUUUUAUUGACACUCAAACUGCUCCAGAAACAGACUGAGUUCCUCGUGCAGUCUGCUCCUCCUGUACAACCUCCCCACAGUGUAUUUUUAAAAAGGGAGUGCUUGAGUCAUUAACCUUUGUUCGUAAAGGUGGGCAGUACUUUUUUUUAUAUCAGUCGGGGUUCGAAUAUCGCUGUAAAUUGCGUAGUCUUCUGUCAUUUGUCGGAAGUCGUUCUGAAGGUAUACAUCAUUCAGUUAAACUGAAAAACCUGCUAGGCCUAAGCAUCUAAGCCUGGCGGGAUAAUUAACGCUGACGAGAAAUGCACACUCCGGUUAGCGCCUAGCUGACAGGCCUCCUUGACAUCUUGAUCGGCAGCUGAAGCGCCCGUAUUCAGCUGAGCUUAAUGCAUGAAUUGUCAUUCUCAACAUUUUAGGUCAAGGCUACGGACGCGGACGAUUUGGAACUCUCAAAAACAUUAAUCAAGUACUCCCUUAUUGGAAAUACAGUUUUCUCUACCCCAACUAAGUACCUGCAAAUUGAUGUCAGCACUGGAGUGAUUACAAACGUGGUCCCAUUGGAACGGGCUGCAGGCUUCUAUGGAGGCAUCCUGCCUGAUCAGCUUUACUUUACGGUGAAAGCUACGGACUGGGGUGCGUUGACGGUGACACUCUGUGAUAUUUACUAAAAGAGAGAUGAAAUGCCAUUCCUAUGCCUGUGCAUUAUUUCUGGCUAAUAUCUAACCAUUUACGAGGACCCAGAGGGCAGUGGCCUUGCAAACGACCAAGGUCUUAAAAUGAAUAAUCGUUCUUUAUUUGCAGUUUUAGGACAUGUGGUAAAUCCAGUUCUCUACAUUUAUUUCCUACAGGCGUUCCGGAGUUCUGGAAUCUGUGCAAUUUUCAGCUCAUUAUAGAGGACAUCAAUGACCACGCCCCAGUCUUCGAUCCCCCAAACUACGCCGUGGUGGUGGAACGUAAUCAUAAUUUUGGCACGGGAAAGCAAACCGAGAUUGUCCGCGUUGUCGCUAUCGAUUUGGAUGAACAGGACACGUCGAAUUCGGAAAUCAUUUAUAGCAUUUCUUCACAAGUUUCCCACUUCACAAUAGAUAGUCAAAGCGGUGUGAUCAUGGUCAAUGGAAUCCUGACGGCGGUAAGCAGUCCUGUAACCUUUUUCAACUACUCCUAGGAGAAUGAUUCCCCCUCUCGACCCAUCUGCCUGCAGUCACUAGUGCCGAUUAUACAAACGUAUAACUCCGACUCCACCACUCCGCCAGCGUCUUUUAAAAUUUAUUUAAUUUUGUUAUUGUCUAUGUGACUAUGUUUGGGUAGACAUUUCAUCUUUCCAUAUUUUGUUCCCUUUAUCUCCACUUAGCCUCAGUACAACUUCACAGUCGAGGCGAGGAACCCGGUUGCACUGGUCGCCACGACAAAACAAUGGCAGACAGCCACGGUUACAGUAAAAACUACCACCGAUCCAUCACUACUACCACCGCAACUCCAAAUCGGUACCUUGUAAGUCUGCUGCACCUUUUGAAGCUAGCCAAUGUUCGUUUACGGAAUGCCUGCAGGAAAAGACCAUACAGAAACGGCCCACAAAGUAUUCGUGAAAUUCGCGAAAAUGCGGGCAGUAGACUGCCAGCCUUUCGUAGAGUACAAUUUGUUUCUCAUGCACCAUGUUUUUACAAAAUAUUAUUACUAUUUAGUGCUACUAUUUGGCGCAUCAUUUAUGCAACAUCUUUUAGAAUUCUGCUACGCAGUUUUGCAAGUGUAUUCUGAAUGAGUAAAGUCAGCUGUCACUCCGGGCUGUAAGAUAAAGCUUUGUUGGCUUCCACGAGUUUUAGAAAUGACCGUAUUGGCUGUUCCUAACGCAACUGAAUCGUAUUGCCACUUUUUCUGCCAUUAUUGCUCUUCCUUAAAAAGGAAAAGACAUCGUGAAAAUUACAUUACGGAAUAUAAUUGGCCUAAAUUUUUAGGUCCUUUCCACGAAAUUGUGAUUUACAGUAAAGAACGCCCUCGGGGAUUAUCUCCAAUCAGGCAUAGCCGCUCAGAUACGCAAAAUAUAUUGAGUCUUAAACUUGAGAAAUUCAACCAUACGUUUAGUGUUUAGUAGGUUUUCCUCGAAACUGUUGCUUUCAUCAAACGAUUCCGGAAGAUGAGUUCGGGGAGGUUGGGACAUUUGUUGAAUAAACUGUUGUCGUUCCGUCUAUCUUAGGGCAGGGGCUGAAGACGCGGCCGCAUUGACAAACCCCAAGCCAGUGGUCAGGGCAGAAAAGGGGAAGGGUGGUAAGAUGGAGUUUUAUGGAUGAUUAAAAUGGUAACUAGAGAGAAAAUAUUGUGGUUAAAAUAAGAAAAUCAUAAAUACGAAGAAGGUUGCCUAGUUCGGUUUACAAGCCUGCGGAUAAUUUGAAAUAGUGUGUCGUAAGAUGUCUGGCGAAUCGCUAGCCUUCUCGAAGUGGUCAGUUGUUAUAAAAUGUAACGAAACGGCAAUAGUUAUCACUAUCAACUAACUGAUCAUUGACUUAAUUGCUUAGUAACGAACUUAUGGAAAUACUGAGUAUAUAACCAACGAUUGUCGAAACGUUAAAUAAAACUCUGACCUUAAUUCUAAACAUAACACUAACCUUAUAUUUGAGGCUUAUCUUUAGCAUAAACCCAAUCCUUACCCAGCCCUGAUUUUGAAAUCUAAACCUAAUUUCGAACUCCAGCCCUUAACUCAAACUUAAUCCUAAACCCUCCCUUGAGCCUAGAUCGAACACCAACACUAAACCUUACCUAGCUCUAAAGCUAACCGCUAAAUCCCAAUCAUAUUCCUUAAGCGCUGACUCUAGCCUUCAAUCCUAACGCUAACCCCAAAACCAACCCUAACCCUUAUCCCCGAGCCCUUAACAUAAUUCCAACUUUUAAACGCAAACAGGGCAUACAAAAAUGUACGUGUAGAAAAUUGACUUUAGAAACACUCUCCUGCCAUUUUUACUGCAGCUUGAUUCUUCACGAGCAUCAACACGCCUACCGAAAACAAUCUCAGUAGUGAUGACAAAGAGAACGUACAAAAUGCGGCCGCGUUGUUAGCCCCAUUCUAUUUUUAGCGGCAUUCAAGUUUCUUGUACGGAAGGCACGCCAUGUCAAAAAGAACCGUGUUAUGUGAAAGGGAGUAUGCGAGAGUGAAUACUUGUGUUGACGUAGCUCUAAGAAUCCCUACCUAACUGUCUUCAAAGGCACUCCACUGCAUCCUAGGCUACUGUAUAUCGAAUGUGUGAUAGGAUUUCCUUGCGUACUUGACUGAUUCCGCAAUAAAAUAUUUAGUUCGAUGUAAGUAUGGUGUUCUGUCGAGUGUUAUGUGGUCAGUUCCGUGCCCCGACAGCGUUGUAGCUUUCAAACUGCGCGAUCUAUUCAAUUCCGUCCUCCCCAGAAUGGGACUGUCAGCCGAGUCCUUUAGGGCACAAGGGGGUCUUAAUGAAUACUUUCUUGUCCACGCCCCAUGUCCGAUCAGGAAGAAAUAAUUCGUCUUGGGCAAACUGUAACAUAGUAGUUUGAGUUUUCAAAGUCCUUUAUUCUCUUAAUUAUGGUCAUGACGUCCAAGGGUGAAUGCAAAACAGCCUGUACCGGCCAAACCUGGAGAUAGAUUUGCGAACUAUUAUUUGCUACUAACUACAAAACUUUUCCUACAUCGUCUGAGGGGGAUCGUGCACCAUGCAGUGCUUCAGAACAGCUUUCACAAAAGCUUAAAUGAUUACUCUGCCUCCUUCUACUGCCAGCACCAACAUCCCGGAUUUUGAGAGGACUCUGUCAUUUGGAGAGCCACUGGUUUCGAACUGAUACACGGCACCUCCUUGGACCCUUUAUUCCGAAUACUCCAUUAGCUGUUUUUUAGUUGACUCUGGAUAUAAUGCAGACACUGGCAGCCAAUAUCAUCGUCCAUUGCAUCGAACUUGUUGUAGGUCGAGUUCGAAGUUGAAAUUCCAGGAAUUUUUGAAUUAUCGACCCAGAGGGAUUCUGGAUAUGCCAGACUCAGGGAUCUGACUCUACUUCGCGAAAUGAAGUCGAAACGGCAUCUUUUGAAAAUGUUCAUGUUGCCGAAUUUUCAAGCAAAGAAUUAACCUACUGAGACGAGAGCUGUUCUUCCCUAAGCACGUAUGAGACUUUCGCAGCACUUGCAGUAGGUGACCCUCCCGAUGAAAGAUAUCGAAAUUUACGAAAGAUUGUUACUCACUCGCAAAACUACAUAAACGAAUGAAUCACAGCUUUGAAAUAAUUGUGGAGAAGCUUAACCGAAUUGGAAACUUAAAAAAAUAUUAACGUUUAUAUAACGUUGAGUAGAAAAGCCAACUUUUUUGGAAAAAUAGGAAAAUAACGAGAUUUUCAGAAGUCAUUUUAGCUGAGUAAAUUUUAGUGUGCGAUGCACAGCAAGCCCGUCUAUGCAAAAAACGCGCAAAUAAAGCAGUAUAAGUUGAAUAGCGUUUGAACAUGAUUCUACGUUGAACUUUACAGUUAAAUAUCAUUCAUGAAGAUGCCUAAUGUCAAGUAUGGUAGUUAGCCAACAGCCCACUACAAAUUGCAAUCGGUUUCGGGGAAAUUCGCCAUAUCUUUUUUCAAUUUUACAUUGUUUGGGAUGCAGUUGACUGAGGCAGACAUGUUUUUCGCUUGACUUCGCCAGAAGGGACGUCUCAAAAAUGGAAUUUUCAUAAAACCACUUGUUGAUAGGCUGUCAGUGACUAAUACAUUUAAACAUUAUUGUUAUUUAAAUCGUAAGUAUACCAUUUUGUACAUACUUCGAUAACCUUCGCACUACAAUGGAAGUCACAUGUGCCUAAGAUCAAUUAAAACACUUCCUUUUAUAAGUCACCUUUUGAAAAAGCGCAUUGAUUGAGUAUUUUGCUGACGAAUGUCUGCCUACGCAACCUUUUUCAGAAGGUUAAGCCAAGGUAGACAUUGGCACAUUCUAUCGGUGUUGUUGAUUUUCUCCCUGGUGCUGUUUGUUCGCCAUUCCUCAAUUUCUUCCUCUUAGCGUUCCACGCUUCAAGGAGAACCAGGUGCAUGCUCGCGUCGCUGAGGUGACUGGCACGCCGGCAGCUGGUGCUGACUACAGCCUUUCCUUAGAACAAUUUCCAGGAGCUUUCGAGCAGACCGGUUGGUCCAACAGUCCCCCGCCCUUUACCAGUGAACUUGUGCAGGGCACGAGUGCCGUGACAUUGCGACUCCUAUCUGGUUCCAACUUCCUCUACCAGCGUCUCAAUCGCUAUAUCAUCCGCGUACGCGGUUGUCGCAAGCCAACAGAUGUCGAGUUGGGAGAUAUCUGUAAGGAUCUGGUGCUGGUCUUCCAAUUGGAGGACGUCAACGACAUGGUACCGCAAUUUAUUGACCUUUGGCUGUUGAAUCAGAUCUCUAUCCCCGAAAGCAGCCCGCGGGGAACGGAGGUGCUCACGAUGUUCGCCGUUGAUACCGAUACAGUGCCGGAAUAUCGUACUGUAAGUGGUCAGCUUUUGAACGCUGUUGGAAUCCAAAAACAUGAUGUGGCUGUUACCGUCCACUUGCUUGGCUUAAUUGUAGGUUUACGCAUGCUGCUUCCUCUAUAUGCCAGAUCUAUGUCUUUCGCAUGCCCGUGCAUGCUCAUGUAGCCUCUACAACCCUUCUGGCCUUGUUGGUGAAUUUUAAUUCCUUGGGAUUUAAGGAAAUUUAAUGUAUUUUUGUUCCCAGGUUUUUAAUUCGAACUUUUGACAAAAACCCUGACAAAUAGCGGUAGCGCUGUGAACUUUUUUACUAACGUUUCAUGGUCCCAAUCUCGCUGUGACACCGCUGCAUUUUAUUGAAUAUUUGAUAUGCCAGACGUUGGCCCUCUGUAUUCUAUUAAUCAUACCGUCAUUUUUACACGAUCUAUUGUUUCGGUGAUAGCCUUGGUCGAAGACUUUCCUACAAUCCGUUGCCCAUAAGUGCCCCGUUUCCCGCACUUUUUUUUCAAGAAAAGGCAGUCGAAGAAAGCUGUACAAUCGGGAUUCACGGUCGCGGCAGCGAGCGGACAGUUUUUUGUUACUACUUGCUUCUGUCUUCCGGCCAAGCGAGGUUAAUACAACCUCCGUCGAAUCCAUCAAAACUUCCGAAUUUUGCCUUGAAUUAGAUAAAUGACUAAGAUUAGGGUGUGAAAGGCUUUUUUGAACAUUCCCCUAUUCAGCUGCGAUGCCUCACCCGUGUCUCCCUAAUUUAUCGGUCACCUGGAUGUGCUUGAUUAAUUGACCCUGCUUUCCAAUCACGUCUUCAGAGGUUUUGGAAGAACGCCUUUGCUCCAAUACGUCUUAUUCGUUGGCAAAAUUUCUCGUUUGUCCAUGCGCUAGGCCGAACAGACGGCAAAGUUACUUGGAAUGCUACUCCAUCCUCAUCCGGCCUCUCUAGCGACUACCUGGUGGUGCUCAACUGACUUUGAGCACUUGUGUAUCUGGCUCGGCUGUUCUGGUUCAACCGGUUUAUCUCCUGGUCAGCUUUGCCCGGAGAUAUCCCGCUGACCGAUGCGAUAAAGGGCGAUCAUGCAUGAGGGGGCUAACCUGUGACCUGAAGCCGUUGGAUGCAGUUCUUAUGGGACAAUCAAAAAUACAAGGUUAAUAAACUCUUUUUGAUUGCGUGUCGCCCUACCACCUCAUACAGCGCUUGAGGUUAGAACACUUGUAGGAAGUGGAGUGGAUGUGAUCCUUUUUCUUACAACCGCGUCAGAGCGGUGAACGGUGCUUUACAUCUCUGAUCACAGCAGAUAGAGUAUGAGUCAGAAGUCAGCGCAGUAAGGCGUCCCAGUGCAGCCCAUGCAAAGAGGAAUGACUCUGUUCCAUAUUUCAGGCUGUUUGCAUUCGGAAACUGUUGUAUCGCUAUCUGACAGUGGGAAGAAAGCCAGUCCUUCUAGUUUCACUGAUUUACUGAUUCGCUACUUUAGGGCAAAAAGUGCUAUGUGGGAGUGUUUUUGCCAAGUUGACCUGAUUGGAGGGGGCAUACGGAAGUUCCUUUCUCCCAGCACUUCCGUACCAGAACCUUUAGAAACAGUUGGGCACGAGACUAUGGACCCCUCUGUAUUGCAGGCGACCCUGUCCUAAAUUCAAGAGAGUUAGGAUCAGUGUUAGAGUUAGCAUUGAGGUUAGAGAUAAUGUUAGGACCCGGCGAUAAGUGUCCCCUGGAAUGUGGCUCAAGGUAACCUGUGAUGCAGUGAGAGACUCACAUUCCAUGUCCAGCACAGCCGCAUAAAGUCGAGUAAUGUAUAAACAGGAGCAUUUAUCAACGAAAAUUAAACCAAGACUGUCCAGCAAAGCCGUCAAACCUUUCAGAUGUGCUUUGAGCUUUCAGUCAGUUGACGUUAAUCUUCUUAGUGAUUGUAGCCAAGCUUGGUGUCGGAAUGUUUUCGCUAACUUAGCGCAGUAGAUUUGGCUGAAAAACCGGUCUUUCCAACUCUCAUAAUGGUCGCGUAGUCCAUUUGACUUUUUCUGAACUGUUCUCCCUAAUUUCUGCUUUCAUUGUUCGGCAAUAUCUCAUUACAAACUUUCUAGCUUCUGGCUUUCCUUGGCUAGGUCACUUAUUCUCUGGUACCAACGACCGAUUCUCCUAAAUUCCUCAUCCAUAACUCAAUACUGCGAACCAAUGUGGAUGUUCUGGACCAUGAAACUAAGAAGACUUAUGUCGUUCAGAUUAGCGCAAAGGACGGAGCACCAUCUUCUUUCGGAUCGGGAGAGCCAAACUCGGGUGAGCCCCUUUCGUUAAUUCAUUGUUAGAAGUCAUGCUCUCCGUGAAUCAUGUUAUGACUUUGCAGGAGUUCAAAACUCCGGCCAAAGUCAAACGGCAGGUGCAGAGAUUUUGUGGCCGCUUUCCCUGCACGCAAACUUCUGGAGAUGCAGUCUCUUCCACCGUUUGUGGCCGUAUUUCUCCGCAUCGGGCUGGUGAAUUCUGCGGUACGAAGGUUAUUCGAAGGAUAUAAUCACUAAUCGUCAUGAAUCGACAAGCCACUCUGUCCAGGCAGUCUUAGAGUUAAAGGAAACAAACGGAAAUAAUCGAUUUUGCCCGCCGAAUGCAGUCCGGUCUUAAAUCGCACUUGUAUGCACUAAUUGGUAAAAUUGUGCGGGCGGCCGUUCACCGAUGGGUGCCCAAAACGAAUGACUGCACCCGGUGGCCUAUUGCAGGUGCCGGUGACGAACCCGCGGUAAUCAAUGGCUUGAAGGCGGACAAUAAAGUCAGCACCAUAACAAAUGGGAAUGUGUGAGAUAAACACUGGGGGCCUUGCACUUAGCAGGAGUGUUGUGCUAACCCCGUAAAUACUGCGCCCUUUCGUGCGUCAACAACCUCCAUCCGUUGCUGUCUCUGAUGACUGGUUCAAGAAGGAAUCCGAGCCAUCAGGCGGAUACGAAUCCUCUUCCGUGGGUCGAUUCCGCCCUUUUGGAUUAGUUAGCAUAGGCCAAACAUCCCCUGUAUUCAUGCAUGGGUAUGCCUCAACUUUUGAUUAAAGAGAUGGUCGUAUUCGAGGGCAUGCGCAAACACGAGUUACCAAGGCCCACGUCGGCGGAUGGCUAGGUUAUGUUCGUUUAUACACGUCCAAGUCGAUGGCCUGUAUGAAUGUGACCAUCACUUCAAUUGGGAAGGAACUGAAAUUUUUGUCAUGGCAAACACCAAACAGGCCCGAGAAUUCAUCGAAGCCUGGCACUAACACGACUAGCAUCAAUCGCUAAUUCAUACCGGGCCAUGUAUAAUCGCACUUGUCCGCCGCCCCCUACCCCAGACACAGUGAACCUCAACUGCAACCCUUAACGCCUCUACGUUAGUUCACUGACCUCUGCCCGCAUGCCGGAUCGACGACCAUUAAGUCCACUGUCCGUAGUCACAUUGAAUCGUCAACCCCCCCCCUACCCUCCAACACAGGGAGCUGAAACAGUUCCCUUUUCCACCCCCACUAUAGAGCCUAGCCUAAUUAUGUCUCCAUCCCCCCUUUCAUACAUUAGUUGCUUACCUGUUAGUGGCUGCCCUGUCACUCCAACCAAUUUUGUCUGACCAUUGCGCUUUUUCCUCUGUUUAUUUCGUCUGACAACGGGUUGGUGCCCCCAGCUCGAAAAUUCCCGAAUACAACUCGAUUUUUCCGACGAGCUUUCUAUCUUCAAGGCUACAUAUCUAUAACUUUGUGAUGGAAUUCGAAAUAAACAGGUAUUCUAUGACGGCUGCUGAUGGAAUCAUGGGUAAACACGGAGUUCCAAAUGCCUGCCAAUUCGAUCGGCCACAACCGCGAGCAGUGGGUAUCAUGUUGCAGCUGAGCUAACUCCCACAAAGUAGGUCUACUUAUGUGAAAUACGCAACAUCACCGCUUAAUUCCUGUCGUCAAAAUUAAGUUCAUGAUGGACCAUUUUACACAUGGCAGGAUUCACAAUCAUAACCUGGACAAAUGCAUUCAGUUUUCAUGUGCAAAACAUAACGGUAAAUUAAGUUUGUGAAGAAUUACAAAUCGACGAAAUGUUCUGGAGCUGACUUGUACAGCGCUUCAAGGGAGUCGACCAUCAUUCAGUUCACGGAGUAACGUAACAAGUUGUCUAGUUUGCAGUAUGGAAGCAGCUUUCUCAAGCCACGAUCGGUGCACCUGUUCUACUAAGUUCAAUAAGAGUUAGUGCCAUGGCGGAUCAGCGAGAUGCUAAGUUUCCAUUAAAAAUUACUUUUGUUCGCUUUACGGCUAGACCCUAUGAUCGUUUAUAUUACCUUGCUGAUCUUGUAUUUAGUGGGUCUCCCUCGGUUGGUAGGUCAGGUCAGCUUAGUGUAACCGAAAACAAACUGUCACACCAUGCGUAGACUCGCGUUGAGCAUCCAAAGAGCAGAUGGACUUUACUUCCUCGAGUAUACAUGGUGGAGCGUCACAUUUUGGUCAUUCAGUCCUCUGUGUGCACGGCCACUACGCCUACACAAUGUCCGUCAAGAUUUCAAGUCUAAACAGGCUAACGCCACUGAGUUUCUUGAGGGUGUCCUCGCCAAUCUAAUCCGGUUGCAGGAAGAAGCAUGUUCGUUGAGUUGUAUCAGGACAUUUAGGCUGCGAAAACCCAGACGAUUGAGAGCCAAGAACGAUCGAUCACCCCAAUGGGAUAGGAGCGCUAGGAUGACCGUCGCUGGCAUGGUUAUCAUCGCCAACCAGCUGCCUGCCAAACCCAGAUUCAGCGGAGUUUCUCUCUUUAGGCUAACCGAAACCAACCAUUCUGAAUGUGACUGAGCACGACAAUGGAACGUGGUUGCAGGAUGGUUUGACGUCAUUUCGUUCUGUCCGGAAGCCCGGGCCAGGUUUCUCGCAGAUAAUCGCACAGCGACAAAGUUGACAUCAUCAAAGACUAGUAAUUGCACUGUUUAAGGAAACUUUGAGACACGAGGUAGUUUUGGUCAGGAGGUCUUUUCUCCGGCAAAGCUUGCUGUCGACAAAGCUUUUCUCCAGAAAAUCGAUUUUGUUUUCAUUCUGUUUUUUCGUUACAUCUUUUGUCUUUUGAGUACGGUCGUCCUGAAUGUGCAUUUAACAAAAUUUACCGGUUGUAAUUUCCUUAGCCUUCCAAUUCCUUACCUAUCGAUAAGUACUAAGUGGGCUCAGUAACGGUCAGGGCUGUUUUGUUUUUAAUUAGUCGCACCAAAACUGCGGAAUUUGUCACUCGUCCGUGUCUUCAAUAGGGGACACUUCGUAAAUUUCCUUGUUUCGAAGUUUAAAAUGAAUCAGGAAUCGCUUUGGUCAAGCUUACUCGGCACAAAAUGACCUUUCAGCCUGCCUAAAUCCAUGGAAAUACACUGUUAAGACAUCUUAUGGAUAUUACGCGGUUAUUCUGCUGAAAGUGAUGCGUUUCAGCUUUAAUAUUCAUUUCAACUUUUGGACUGAGUCUAUAAAAUCUCAUUCUUCAUGAUCUGUCAUACUUAUUUCUGGAAAGAAUAAAAACUAAAAUGUUAGAACUGGUGUACCCACGAAAUAGCACACAGGAACGUUUUGGGCCACCGAUGAACCGAACUCCUUGCAGCUGGCUCACGCAGCGGCAGAAUUUCGACGAAACACGCGUCUGGUCUCUAACACUAAUACAUGUGCAGUCAAUUUGAUAAAUUAUUUAACAAAUGGUAUUUUUGUCUCCCCGUCUGACCCCGCCGCUCUGCACUCUUUUCUGAAUGCCAGUGGAAACCUCGCUCACAAUCCACAUUCUGGACGUGAACGAUAACCCACCGAUCUUUGUUAACACGCCCUACGUGUUUACUGUCUCCGAGACGGCGCCCAUUGGCCAUAAAGUCGGACAAGUGGAGGCCAAGGACGCUGACGACACCUCCACGCUGGCUUACCUGCUGCAGGGCAUCGUGCUGGACUUCGCAGUCAACUCGGUCACCGGGGUGAUCACUGUAGCUCGGCGUCUUGAUUACGUAUCUCAAGAGGUUUGUCAUCCAACCCCUUCCUCUAAAAUUUUCGCCGAACCAGUGGGCUGUUAUCUCCAGUCAGUUGGGAAGAUCCCCAUAGGUGCGUGCGUUGGUGGCCAACAGUGCCACCAUGGAGGCGUUGACUAGGCGACAUACUCAUUCGCAAAGCAAGUCCUCUUGCCCUCCCUCCGACAGCUAACAUGCCUGCAGGCAACCACUACGUACUAAACCUCCCGCAUAACUAUCUGCAACAUCCAAGUAUGUAGAAAACAAGAAAAAGUUGCCUGAUUUGAAUCGGAAUGCGGAGUAGCGUAGAGCGUAAACUUCAGCUGCUUAGGUGAAACUUUCCGUAGGCUUCAAUAAAUCAGCUCAUUGACUAUUUUCAUAUUUUGGUACCUUACCGUAGUUUUUUAGUGAUGCAUUCCGUCUCAGGCCGAAGGCUUUCUAUUCCUUUCAAUCUCGUACUUCCAGCAUUCUCGCAACAGCAAAACAGAAUUGUUGACUAAUGCACCUAUUUGCUUUCCACUGAGAAUCCCACCGAUAUCAUUACUUAGGCUCUGCGUACUGCCUUACAGUGAGUUCCGAUAUUUUGGUGUAGUAAGUUAUGACUAUGGAAGAAGUCCAAGAUGGUUUCAUCUCUCAUAGUCGUUUUGUGCGGAAUUGCACUUAGCAGGAGCCCAUCGAAACAUAGGCGUGGAACCUGAGAGAUGCAUAUCUAAUUGCAGUUUAAACUAACAGUUAAUGUACAACAUCAUUUCUUCCAGGGAUAUUAGGGCAUGGUCAAUAGGCGACAUCAUUGUUUAGCUCAAACGGGGAAUUAAAUUUCAUGUUUUGGGAUAGAAGGGUGUCGGUCCUGUUUGUAAAGACCGUUCCGUCUUUGCAGACUUAAAUGUAAUUUCCCGAGCUGAGAACAACACAAGUAUGGGUGUCAAUCGGUGCACGACGCUUUUCAGAGGGCCAUCUAUUCGAGUUUAGGAUAACGAAACCUAUUGGAUUUUAUGAACGGCAGUUGGUGUUUCACUUCAGACUACAGGGAACCUAUAGACUCGCAUUGUCGGGAAACCUGCGUCAUCUGACACAAUUGAACUGUCGGCCUUCUGAUUGUGGGCUGGGUGCCCUGCCAUUCUGUUCUACAUGGCGGUCUAUCUCAUAUCUGUGCCAAUUGCCACUGCCGUGGUCGAUUUAACCCUUCAUCCAAUGUCUAUCAACUCUUAACAAGGCUGUGGGGAGGAUUUUGGUCAAGAGGGUUUUGCAGAUGUCUUAAGAGGACUCAAUCAGAGUGAUUUCAAAAUUUUGCAGCCCGAGUUACUGUGUUCCACUAAAAUAAUGCUUUGAGUGUGUUCUUUAGUAUGUGGGCUAAUCUUUUCGCUCUCAUACGAUCAAGGCAUUCGGACACAAACUAUGCCUCUUCAGAUGUCACGUGAGAGUAUCAGCCGGAGGUCGUUCCAUCAGUAGUCUCAUGGGUUCACAAAAUGAUACAUUCGGUAGACCCCUCAAACCUCGAGAUCACAGUUGAAAUCUGGUGCAGUACAAAAACGUUUCCAUCGCCACGUAAGACGCGACGCGCAACAAACGCAGCAUUUGAGUAUAAAAAGAAGAAAUCAAUCGUCGGCAAGGGUAAAUUAUUGAUCCGAGCUUUUGUACUGAUUCUGGAAUUCAUGGCCAAAAAUAUGCGAAAGCAUUAAAGUGGAAAGUGAAACUAUCGAACUAGUCAGUCAGCCCCACCUUGAGUCUGAGACUGAGGGCAUCAAGAGGCCGUCCGUCAGCCGGGCAACACAGUGUCUGAUGACGGGGGUUAAGUAUGGAUCGAUUCCCUCGCCUCAAUCAUCUCGCGCCCUGUCAUGUCCACGCUUCUACAGGACAGAUGUGGCCGCAAAAUCGAAAUCGUGAUUUUGUCCCGUAUUGAGAACAUCUACGGAAGCUUAACCGACUCCCACAAAACGGCCAUUUCAUUCCCGCACAAUCUGGCAUCCUGGUUUUCCCGAUAUUUUCCUUGGAUGCAUACCUUCUCGCCGAUUCGUGAAUCAGAACAGUCUCAUUAACCCUAUUUGGAAAGAUGUUCCAGCGCAUAAAUUGUUAAUUCCUCCCCCCGCCCCCGUCAGUUUGCGGUAGUGCGCCUCGUUCCAGCAAUCAAAGUCCCCUCCCCUCUUCACUGCUUGCACGCAAUCGUGUGUUUCUACGCUCCUCAAGACCAGCAUGCUCCAACGCGAUUCAGACCGUUCUCUGAACUCCCUCUGAGGGAUAGAACGAAACUUCUUUGCUUUUGCUGACGAUACUUUGUUUGUCGCAAGCGACGAGAGCCUCCACUGCCCUGAGCGGUGCCGUGCUGACUUGUGUGUGAAGCUAGAAUAAAUGAGAUGGGGUUUGGGCGUAGUGACUUGCAGAGGUGAGCAUUCCGUUUAAGCAUGCCAUGCAGGUGCUAACUCCCAACUCCGCACGAAAAAACUACAGUGGUUUAAACUCUUACACAAGUGAAAAGUCAAUUUGGCAAACACUUGUUUUCGGUAACUCGUCAUCAGACCAAAACACUUACAUAGAAGUUGAAAUUAUGCGAAGUUACAGGGUUCAUAAGGGAUUCAGGGACUACACACCACCCUCAUGGCGAGGCUUGCUAUGGGGUGGGCGGCGUGUCGUGGUCAUUGGGUCAAGGGGGGGAGGGGGAGGGGGGACAUAGGCUCUGAGUAAUGUUUGUACGUCGGUACGUUGUGCACACAGCACUGCCAUCAUCUGAGGUCGGAGUUGGCCACGGAAGACAGAACACCUGUGUUAACGUCUUCCGAUAACAUAACAUUGGAUUGGCUAGCUGUAUAGCCACCGCUUCGGCUGUAGCUAGCACCCGUUGGCGUAGGCCUCUGGAGAAGCUUGCUGGUGUCCGGUAGACAACUUGAAAGCCUUCUUUGGCAUCGACUCGGUGACUCGUAUCGAUGUGCGAGAAUAGUACUCGAAAUUGAUUUCGUUUCACCUCUGCCUAGCCAGGCCGGUGUGUGUUCACGUAUUCUCUUUUCCAGGCGCCUCCUUGUACGGUCAAUGUAUCCCACUCCACAGCAGCAAGUGAAUGAGUAAAUACACAUCGAUGUGGCCUGCAACGGUAGUCGGCCUUUACCUCCCAAGCAUAAGAGGGAAGAGUUAGUGAAACACACAUAAAUUCGCUGCCGGGGAAAGCGCUAGCGAUCGCUGUCUUCAGACGUCUUCUUACUAGGUCACUUUCUGCGUCCCCUUGAAAAGGUAGUCUUAUAAAUUAGUAACAAGCACAAUUAACAGUGCCAAAAUUUAUACAUAAAGAGGGAGACAUUGAAGCCUGGCUGCCAAGUAUGAGUUGAAUCAGGCUAUGUUUUUGGUUAGCUACCUCAGGCUACAAUUAUUGGCGUGUCAUGAUAGCCGUUUAGAGUUUACAGCGCGUCUAGUGAUUUAAAGUGAAGUAACUGGGCCCCCAAUUCAGGCUAGAUCUUCCCUGUUUCAUAUGAGUGGCAUGUUCUAGUGAAAAACUGACCACGGUAGCGGAUGCAGCAGGUGGCCGUGUGUGAACCCUCCCCCCUCCCACAUUCCUAACGAGUUCCACUCUCAUGUAUCUCUGUAGUCCAGACCUCAGCCAGGGUUCUCAUAGGCCGAAUAACGCGUACCGUGAACCCAGUGCGCACACCGGUUUGGGUUCGCGCAACAGCGGUGCGCCCCGUAGAAGGGAGCACCGUCCUUCCCACCUACUAUUGGUGCCGUUUCUCAAUAAGUGUUAAACGAGAUUCUGAAAUGAUUUUUGUGCUAGAAAGGAUUACUGAGGUGGGAUUGUAAUACUGAUCAUAAUGCAACACAAUCCCAAGGUAUUUCGGCCACGCUAGGAUGUGGGCUUUUGCGCUUCUUUCCGGCCAUUUGACAAAACCACACUGUAUAAAAGUUACUACCUAAAUAGUUUGAAUUGUUCACACUGCUUUUUGAUGUACACAUAAAUUCUGAUAUAAGUUUGCAGAAAUAUGCACAAAACAUCCUUCCUUGCACUCCUUUUAUAGCAAGUGGCGUUCUUCAGCAAAUUUUGUACCCAAAAGGAUAUUAUCCCCUUUUAAAGGAAGCUUUUUCCAUUCCAAAAUAAUCUUGAAUCCGAAAUAUCAUUGCACUUGUGAUCGGGUUUCCGAUCUACAAGCUAUACACUUCCUACAUAAGGAAAAUUGUCGAUUUUGUAAUGCUAUUAGGAAGGUACGAUAUAAGGCUCAUAAAAUUUUUAAUGGCUGCCAUCUUAAAGAAUAUCAUAAUUGUAAGCUUUUUGAAAACGUAAUUUACCAUCUGUUCGAGUGCGAAGUUUGAGCAAAAACGUGAGAUUCUACAAAACGGAUAUAAGAAUACUUUGUGCAUGCCUUCUACAAAAUAUGUUCCACUUUAUAAGGGCAUUGAAAAUCAAGGGAAAAACGCCUACUGCUUAAAUAGCCAUCUCUUGCAGGGUGUGGUUUUUACAGACGUCGGAAAGAAUCACAUUCCAAAAACUGGCAUUCUGUCGUGACUGAAAUAUCUUGCGACUACGCUUCACGAUAAUCAAUCGUGGGAUCGCACCUACGUAUUUCUUUUUAAUCGGAAAUAUCUUCCAGUAUUUCGGCCAAAAUUUCAGUAGUAAACUUAUAUAGCUCAGGCUCCACUUACUCUUGCUUCCGCUCUCACUUCCCUGUCAAUCGUUCCCUAUUUCACCUAAUCUGACUAACCUGACCUGAACAAUCAGAACCACCUUCUUUAAAUUAUCACCUUUGCUUUCCAGUUUGUGAUAUUAAAAUCAAUGGAGGCUCAUUUCUUGGACGGACAACUGUUAUUUAAGCAGCUGUAAUAAAUAGGCAAUUCCCUGCGUAAGGACCCCAGAAUUAGCCACACAUAAGCGUUCAACAUGUAGGCUUUUCUUAGCACUUUUACAAGGCCGACAUCUUCUGACCGAUAAUAUAUGCUGAUUUUCUUCCCGCGAUUUUAACGUUUUAAUGCGCUCUUAACUCCACUGUACUUUGAAUGUAUUGCUGACUCAGACUGUCAUCUUCGAAUCUAUUAAUGUCUUUUGUCUAUUUUUCCUAGGUUCACAACUUCAAAAUUGAGGUGACCGACGGUCAGACGUCUUCCAGCACUGACGUUACUGUGCACGUGACGAAGUCCAAUCAAAAUUUACCUGUUUUCUCACAGAAAACCUAUGAGUAUACCAUUCAGGAGCAGAGUACACCCACUCUCACACCCAGUGUACGCCAAAUACGCAUUUUAUUCAAACUCAAUCCAAGUAGUGUUUUCGCUUUCACUGCAUUGUGCUUCUAGGAGUACCUGGGGUCCAGAUGUUAUUCAAACGACCAAGUUCAUUACUGCGGACACAAAAGUUCUUAUUGCGCUAUGCCGUUUUAUGCCUUUUCGAACUUUUUACUCAUGUUCACCCAAUUUCCUAUAAGGGAGGCCAGUAUGCCCCCCUUUUCCGAAAUAUGUUAUCACGUAUUUCCUAUUUUUUUCUUCAAAAUAACUUGCCGGUCAACCUACAGACCCAGUCCGUAUAACUCAUUUUCCCUCCUUGUCGUAGUAGUAAUAGUAGUAGUAGUAGUGGCAGUAGCAGUAGUAGCAGUAGUAGUCGUAGUAGUAGUAAUUGUGAUGGCAAGUAUGCAUUCGAAUCCUAGUCAUUUCCCAUGUCAGUGGCUUUCUACCGACCAGAUUUAUCAGUCUGGAAUUAUGGUAUGUGGUUCGUCCUACAUCAUGCUAUUAUUCAUAAUUCUAAUCAUAACCCUUAUAUGCUAUUUCGUCCGCAUUAGUGAACUACUAGAUUGUCCAGCUCGCAGUACGUCCUGCUUGUACUCAUAGCAGUGGCUUCUUACGGGCCGGAGCAUGUAGACGCUACGGCACACAAUUAAUCAUUAUUUUAAUAAAAGUAGCCCUGAACGACGUUUUGUCUGCAUUAAUAAUUGCCCAGACAGCAUAGCACACUAUAACGUCAACCUUCUCGUUUCGUUCCGUUGGAAACCAGUGGUAUGAUUAGACCUAGGACGUAAUGCAUGACACUAGAUGUGGCUGUUAAUUACUGCAGACGUAAAACGUCUAAGGCCUAUGUUUAUAUCAUGAUGUGGGACAAAUCGCGCACUGAAAUGUCAAACCGCUAAAUCUGGCCGGCAGACAGCCGCUGGCAUAGGAAAUGACCAGGAGUUGAACGCAUAUUUGCCGCCACAAUUACUACUAUUAUGAGCAAGAGGGAUAGAUUGGUUAAACGGACGGGGGCUGCAGGCUCCCCAUCAAGCCAUGUGAACGAAAUAAUUAUAGAGCAUGUGAUGAUAUUGUCUGAGGGUGGCGCAUAUAAUCCUCUCGUACUCCAUUUUUUAUUCCGACGCUGAACAGGCCAAAGACUGAUAUUAACCCUCCAGAUAAUCCCUCAACUAUAAUCCAGUGAAAAACCCUCUUUCCUGUACACUCAAAUAGCGGACAGCGGCCUCGAUAAUUAUCACCCACCUAGCCUUUAGAGGCUGUUUGACCUUAACGAGAGCUUGCACAAGCGCGCAAAAGGCGGAGUAAGGAUUGUGACAAGUCAAACGGAGUGGAAGCUGAUGGCCCCCACAGCCUUUGCUCCGGAAGUUCUUCCGCGCGCCCCGACCGAUCAUCGUUCGCAUGGGCGCCCGUGUAUCGGGGCUGGCAACCGUAGAUUAUAGACACUCAGGGGACGUCCCGAUAAACUGAACCAUCUUAAAUGGGCGGUCAGCCUUGAGACUGCAGGUGUAUACAUAUCCGAACGUAUGCCUUUUAUUCGAAGAUCUCACUCGCUGAUCCGUAUUCUCAACAAUGCACUUUCCCAAAAACAGAAAUCCGCCGAUGUUGCUAAAUAAACCAUAGUUCCACUGCGUAGUUUUAAAGAACUGGGGAUCGCAGACUUGCAGAAGUUAAGAGGUAGAUACUGUAGACAAAAGGCCUGAAUGGUACCCCAAGAGGUGUGUUUACUUUGACAGAAUACGAGUACGUGCUCGCGAGUUGACUUUAUUGAUGGAAGCUCAAGUUUCCUUCCUUCGCCUUCUGCAUAGUUCUGCAGUUAUGCUAUUCCUUCCCUUCCUUUGGAAAAAUAAGUAGUAUGGAUUGUGCUUUCUUUGUAUUCGAUUAAACAUUCGGAAAUUACUACGUUUGGCUAAUGGCCUUGGCUAUACGUUUCCAGCCUAAGGCCACCGAUCCCAAUGACAACCCACGGAUAACUUACUCGCUCGGCGGUGCCUUUGCUUCCAACUUUGAGAUCGACUCGUCAACCGGCUCCUUGAAGGUCAUCAAAGGCUUAAGUCGCGAUGAGCCGCUAGGAAUGCCAGUAAGUAUAAUUUGUUGUCGGCUGUUUGCCCGCGAUACUAUCCACUUUAUUCCUGUUCUGAUGCCGGCCUUUGGAUUGGUGAUACGACCUGGCCAGCCCACUUAAAUUACUUGCAUUUCCAAGACUUAUGAUGUUACCCCGAUCGAGCCGCAUAAUUCUAUGUUAAUCCGGAUACCUCAGGCUGCUGACUUUCGAGCGAACUUCUUUUCGGUUGCAGGCAAGAACUAUGCUCAGCAAAAAUGACUACUUUUCUCAUUGAUUUUCGAUGCCCUCAAAAAUACAAUUAUAUUUUAUGAAGAACACGCACAAAAAUAUUCAGUCUUUUACUCAUUCGGUAGAAAACCACCUCUUCUUCCAGUUCUAUACUCGAAGGAAGGUUCUAAUUCGGUUUUCAAAGACUCCUCCAAUUCCCGAAUAAUUUCGAACCCAACCUGCUGUUAUACUUGCAUUCAGGGUUUCCAAAUUACAGGCCGUAUAUUUUCCGCGUACGCAAAACCCUGCAUUUUUCUACGGUAUUAAGAGAAAACCACAUGGAAUUCAUAAAAUUUGGCAGUGGAUUUGAACCAUAUUGUUAGCUUUACAAGCCACCUUGGUAUAUACAGAGACAUGGCAUUUUAUGAACGGCAACUUCAGAGUAUUAAAAAAUCUCACAAUUAGAACCUUUUUUAAAACCGAAUCGUACCUCUCCUUCGAGUAUAAAUUUUGAAGAAGACGUAAUGUUCUACCGAAUGAGCAAAAUAAUGAAUAUUUUUACGCAUGUUUUUCAUGAAAUAUGAUUGAAUGUUUAAGGGCAUCAAAAAUCAAUAAGAAAAAUUCAUGCUACUCAAGUAGUCAUUUUUGCAGGGUAUAGUUCUUGCAUGCAGUCGGAAAGAAGUUUAUUUGAGUGCCGGCACCCUGAGGUAAUUGGAUUAUUAUAGAAUUAUGCUGCAUGAUAAUUAGUUCUACAACCCUAUUUAAUUAUUUUUUUUCGAAACGAGAUUGUAUUUCAGAAUUUCGGCUGACAUUUCAUGAGUUAGCCCACCUACUGUAUCAUGCAGUCUAAGGGACGAUUUCGCAGUGGAACCAAACUCCCCGGCACUUUGUAGACACAGGCAGGACUGACGUAUUUCUCCCAGUCCUGUGGUUUCCUUUGUAACCUCUCACGUUUUACCACACUGUAGGUCUACAUGGUAUCUGUCAUAGCCACCAACGCAGUCGAUGCGUCCUACGCGGUGGUCAAAGUGACUCUGACUGACGUCAACAAUGAGUUCCCGCGUUGGCCGUAUCCCGAUCAGACAAUUGCUCUGCCGGAAAACACGCCGGCUAACACGGCAUUUGCUCGUCUUGCGGCUCCAGACGCCGAUAUUGGACAAAAUGCCCAGUCAACCUAUGUCUCCACACCAGAACACGCCGACUUUCAAGUGUCCGCUAUCGGAGAUAUCAUGGCACUCAAGGUUCGCCCCAAGUUGUUUCUCCCGCAUUCUGUUUAUGAUUAUUUUGGCUGAUAAAGCUACUACGGGCAACUAUUCCUACUUCAGUGUCCCCCAUCUCUCUCUCUCUCUCUCUCUCUUCACUUGUAGCCACGAGUUUCGUUAUCCGUUUGUGGGUAGUAGUGGCAGUUUAGGGAAUAGUCUUCAUACGCAGUAUGGCCACGUCAUGGGUAAGAGUAAACUGUCAUCGUUGACACGCCGUUUAACGUAAUUAGUGACAGAAUGAAGUUGUGGAAUGAAGCUGUUGGUUGCGCUGUUGAGCGAUAGUUGUGACUAUUGGAUACUGAUGGGACAGAUUAUCUUUACAACUUCCAUUUUCACAAACUCUCGUUAAUCAUUUAAAUCGCACUCUGUGAGGACCUUCUGGAAAAUUACUUGACGGUUUGUCAGAUAUGUAGCCCUACACACUAAACUAUUUACUACUGUUGAGUGUAGGACAUAUCCUCAACUUCACUUUGAAUUCGCAUAGGAAUGGGGUUCAUCGAUAUGUGGUCGUUAUACAAUGGAACAUGAUCAGUUUCGUUUGGGCUGGAGAAUUCAGCACGGAACUCCGCUGGUAUUCACAAAGUAGCAAAAGACCAGUAAUCAAAAAAUGUUACUGGAGUAGGCAAGGCAGACUUAGACGCAUAUUUCAGACUCCAUCACGGUCAUCAGCUAGCCACACGCAGACUACAAGUAUACAUUUGAGAUUCGGACGCGGGUUGGAUAAUGGUCAGGCCACUAUGGCGGCUGGGGUCGGGAUGUAACCUUAUAAUAAGGACAAGCCAAGAUUGGUCAAUCCCUUCUACUUGGGUUUUUCUGUGAAAUCCUCAUUUCUGUCAAUAACAUUGUUUAUUGUCUCUUUAGCUUAUGUACUAGGAUGUAAUGGCUUCUGGUUGAACCCCCCCCCCCCCGAUUAAAUGUACCUGUUUUAUGGAACAUGUUUUGAUCAUUUAUUCCUGACGCUCAGUUGGAUGCCUUAAAGUUCGUGUUGAAACGAAUUCUUAGGAGAGAAACAUGAAAAUUAUAUUUCCGGUUUUUAAUAGAAGCAUUACAUAGAAACACAUUGAACUGCUUUGCCGAUAAUUCGCGCAAGCAACUGUCCGCGGGUUUGCUUAGCCUCGUCAAAAGCAAAUUAUUAUUUAAGACAGUUUUGAAUGUUUUUUGAUGGGUGGUAUGACCCGCCUUUGUGGAACGCGGAUAUCGGUUAAUUUUUAAAUGUUCAGGAUAUGUUAAAACCUAGUUCGCGCUUUGACACGUAUGACAAGGAAUAGACUUUUCUGGGACCAAACUAUUAAGUUCAAGAGGAGGCAAGUUUCUCUGCGUAGGACUACAAUGGAUAAGCCAUCUGCUACCUGCUGCGUGUAUGUCUUAUUCGUUAUAUACUAGUGUGUAGGAUUGGCGGAAAUGAUGUGCUGCCUGGGCGGUUUGUUUUUUGACGUCAUUCAGUCACUGCACUUAGUUUGUAGGACUGGCAAGAACAAGGGAAACAAGAUUUCUGGUUUUUCCUCCGUCAUCGGCCAGCUCUACGCCAGCCCCAGAUCGUCGGUGAUUCAUGGUGCACCUGAGUCCCAUGGUCUGCCAAAUGAGUUGCGUGCUAACGUCCUGUCAAGUCGCCGGUCGUCCGGAUCUGUGUUCAAACUUUGGUUGUCUAGUAACGGCAAAUGAUUCAGAAGCAUCCCUGGAAUACUCAUGACUGAUAGGGUAGCGGUUGUACUUUGAGCUCCACGAUUAUCAGGUCACUGGCGAUACCAGAGCGAGGGCUGGUCGUGCAAAGUCUUGUAUGAGAGAGAGAGAGGUAGACUGUAUUGUUAGCAUUUUUAUGUUUUCUGGAGCAAGCUCAAUUGCCUUGUGUCCAAGUAGCGUGUGUUGCUAUAGCCGAGGCGUGGCCUGUUCAGGUGGAGCGUGGACGUCCGAAUAUGCGUGUAUUGCGGUCGAUCAGACUGUAGCAGGGGCAGUGCGUCCCCAGACACUAACAGAGGGGGGAUGAGUGGCCUCGACACAACGGAGCGUUGAACGAAGACACCGAGCAUCGCUGUGAUACCUACUAGCCACUCACCUUCUGCGCUUUUGAUUGCUGGUCUGUACGCAAUCGCCUGCAAGGACUGCUGGUUGUGAUCCCGAAACAAGCCGGGUCGCGUAUGUUCAUUCCACAAUGUGAUCUGUGAACUGCCACUUUAGUGUACCCCUCAGUGAUGGAACACCUUCGAGGUAAAGUGUAAGAGCUAACUUCAGUCUAUGUUUCAUUCUUGAGAAGUGCUGCCGUCAGGGAUAAAUGAAAAAGGCGGGACCAUUUCUGGAUGGCUAGUCAACCAACCAGCGGUAGGACAUGGGAGUAGAAUACCCUCACGUGGCAUUGUGUCAAAUUCUGGGGUGAUUGGGACAAAGCUUAGCGUUAGGGUGAAGUUUAGGGCUAGAGCUAUAGUUAGGAUACGGGACCAGGUACCCAACCUAAUAUUUAGCCCAGAGCAAACCGUAUUACUGGGAAGUUCCUGUUCCGGUGUCUUACCCGAUCAGCCGCGUUGAAUCUCAGGUGGCGGAGACCUGCGACUUGAACACUGGGUCCUUAACCGGUAAUAAUUAAUUUCCACAUUUGGGAGUACAUUAUUUUCUGAAACCCUGCGGACAUUGGGUAUGCAAAAGGUCGCCUUUUUCCAACUUACCAAUUUACGAAUGCCAGAUCCCAAGACGAUAUUUUAAGGCGUCCGUGAUCUUUAGUCAGAAGAUAUCGGAAAUCGUGUUGUUGCACAGGUGGUAUCCAGGCGCCACAAUGCUAGCAUGACGGUUAAAUCAAACGUUUCCCAUUUUGUUUCGACAGUAAGUCUCCUUGACCGCAAUCUGAAGUGUGCAGACACGGUAGAAUGACUUAUACGAAUCCUUACUGGUGGCGGGGUGGAGUAGAGGCGGUUCUUUCUGUCUUAGGGUUCCGGCCGAGUGUUGCACAGAAAAGUGUCGUCAGUCCUCAACGAGUAUUACUAAAAAGACUUGUGAGACUGCGGUCGUCAUUCCUGGCUCAUUGUCACAGCUAGUCCUACGGAGGUUCUAAAGGAAAGUCGACUUCCCUAUAUCCUGUCCUACAAUCAGGAUAAAUGACCGGACGACGUUUGCACGCCCCAUUCUUAUCUACAUCGCGACCAUCCUACAGAGUAACGCUUUCAGUUUUCUAAGAGUUUCGCUGCCAAGUGCUGUUAUGGAAAGAUAUUUAUUGUCAAUGCAGUACUCUCCUCUCCUCCUGACUAUUUUCUUUUAGAUACUGUUUGUGCAAAGUCUACUAAUUUUCUGAUUAUUUGGGUUUAGUUUAAGAUCUCGGCCCUUGCCUUAUAGACUUAUGACUACGAGCGCGACGGUGGACUUCGCUUCUAUCUGCCCAUCACUGCCACCAAUAUUCAACCCGCCUUCCAGUCCGGCACUCAUUUCAGUGCUACCGGAUCGCUGACAGUGACCGUGGUUGACGUUAACGACGGAGCCCCAGUACUAAUUGGUGGCCCGUAUGUUCUUUUGAUAUCUUCUUCCACUUCAUCCUGUCUCCUGUAUGAUUCAUUGACCCGCGAAUCUUGGCAUACGAAGCAAGAUGUAAUGACUCACGACGGCACACACCGCCGACCAGAAAAGUAUCAAAACGUCCCUUAUAGGCGUAACUACUCCAUCGCCUCCUGGUCGCAUAGUGUAAGACAAUGGACAAUUGAUGGUCCGAUCAGAGGGACUGUCGUGGAUGAGAUGGGAAAACUGCGCACUUCAGGGCGAGAUCAGAAUGCGAUUACAAGUGCGCGAUACCACACAAAAUGUGCGUUCAUUGAUGUGGUAGCCACGAUGCGAAUUGGAGCACGUCAAGGAAACGAACACUGACUAACUCUCAAACAGUAUUUGGUUGGUUCUGUCUAGUGUGUCUGUGUGAUACGUUCUCUCUUAGCGUUGGUUGGACAACUUAUCUUGGCCGGCAUAACUUGCUGCUCGACUGGGAGGCAGAGGAAGCCGUAUUCGUAAUCGGUUAUCGCUUGCUUUGACGGCUGGAAUACAUGGAUCUCACCUCGUUUGCAAUGGCCUAUCUCUUCCCCCAUACCGUUAUUUGUCGCUCCGAGUCUAUAAAGGGUCGGCAUUGGCUUGCAGCUUGUUUUAGUCGAGCAAUGGCAAGUCCACAUGGAUCCUUAACUGUUCUCCCACAUUCAUGUGAUACUCGUAGACGGAUACAAUGAGGGCUCGAAAUGCGUUACGCACAACCCAAUUACCUCCUCAGUUAUGAGUCCAAGGGGAGUGACGCCGACCUUGUGCGCUGAGGCAUUCAGGUACUGCUUUUCCCGCCAAUGGAGACAUGGGAAUGCAGUAAGAGGUAGGUGGAAGAUUGCAUGAGUCAGAGAAGCACCAAGUCAGUGGUCGAGCUCACCUUCAACUUGAAGAGACCAGAAGUGGGUAGGUGUUGGGUAUCAUUAAGAAACCGAAGACGAUAGUUUGUUUGUUAGAAUAUCAAACCAAAUUAAAUCAGUGUACGUGGAGUAAAUGAGAGAAGCCCUUGAAAACUGAAUUUAAAAAAAUUCAAGCCUGUAUGAAAGGCUGUUAAGCUGCAAACAUUUACAGGUAAUCUCAGCAUGUGAAAUGCACAAGAAUGGUAGUGAAACAGGAGUGUUAAAAAACUGGCGAAAUGGCUAAAUAGCAGUGAAUAGCGCAUAUGGGCCGUAUUGGCUCGCAGUAUUUACAUCAGCGUUAAAGGUAAUGUAAACAAAACGGAUUAUUGGAAUGAAGAUAGUAGCAUGUUGGUAGUCGUAACUAACUUACUAGGUGGGGUUUGGGAGUCCUAGCUGAACUUUAACAGGUGAGUAUCCAGACGUCUCUCAAACGCAUUCACAUUGGUAGAACGCUCAACCUACGUCAUUAAAGGAUUCCACCGUCGAAUGACGGAACGGUGAUUGGUGCGUCACAGUCCCUUUUUAAGUUGACAACCAGGACGCUGAAGGUUUGUCUUCAGUAUAAUUUAGAAAAGAUUCCCCCAGUUCGCUGCAAGAUCAAGUCUCCGUAGCAACUGAAACUUUCGUAAAGAUUCACCUCUGUUUUAUUUAUAUGGGAGAGAGAGGAGGUAUAAGGCGGUCAUGCACUGUUCGUACGUCAAUUUUUUGAGUUCACGAACAAACUUAUUGGCAUGUUGUACACUUUCAAGAAUAUCUGUCUUUCCGAAGUCACGACCACAAUGCUUGUGCCGUAUAUUCUAGGUGUGGUCGGACAUAUGUACCGUAUACCUUGCCGAGGAUAUCCACAUGCAAUUUUGCGACCGUCCAACAUACGUAUUACCUUCAAAGUUGACGUUUCCUGUAUUGUGACUUUAGAACACUGCGUUGCUCUGAUUGGAUGGUCUUUAACGAAUACUCCAAGGUCUUUUUGCACAUUUACGGUUUUAAGCGAUUGAUUUGUCAGAAGAUGCUGUCGAGAAGUUACAUGCCUUCUUCCUCUCGUUGACAUUAUGUACACUACCACGCGGCAUGGACGAGAGUGGUAAAGAAAGUAUACAUUGUCGAAUUGACGGUGCCUUGGGUCUGAAGGUGUCCAACGAGACCGAUUCGUACGCGGAAUGCGCGAUGUCAGAGUGGGCAUGCUGGAAGCGGUGGAUGGUGCUGGCGGAUGCCGUCCUGUUGCAGAUUCGUCGCCAGUCUGUGAGAAAGUUAAAAAGGAUAGGUCACCAGAAAGUCAAAUAUUGAAAGGGUUGUCGGAGUUUAUAUCAACAAGGACACGAACAGUGUUAGGCUGCGUUCACAGCGAUGCUUUUGCCGGCACACCGUCUAGCUGUAUCAUCAAUUUCUAGGACUCACGUGAAGCGGGAUCGGACUCGGCAGCAAAAUCAACCGCCAGGUGUCGGUAGUUAAGGCAGAAUCCAGGAAUGUGCCACAGCGCGCAAAUUUGGUCGGUACGCCAACGUCCAAAUACAAAUCUCGCUUGCUAUGCACACUAAAAGGUUAUAUUGUCGGCUCUCAGGGGUGUCCUGGAAGCAGGUUUAGGGCAAAUCUCGUUCGUUUCAGGCAGUUUUUGGCAGUUUUCUCAAAGGUCAACGCUCCAGCGCAGAGGUGUGAUUCAGUGAUUGAAGCAUAACGAAAUGUUCACGUAUUUUAUAAUGCCAAAAAUUGUUCGAUUUUUUGCUAACUAACUUCUUUUCCAUGGCCAGUAUAGUCCACAUCACCUUAACGUUAACUAUCGAGUUACUCAUGGGACCGUCAUCCUAUCAAAUUCGGACAACUCUUCUGCGAAAGAUUGUCGGGCAGCUCCGACACCAGGCGUAUUCAGUACUGGAACACCUACUAACUACUGACGAUUUUGUUACUUAGCCGACGACUUGUCAAAUGUGCGAAGUUCACCGGUAAAUCCCAGCGGGCAUGUUAAGGGCCUCCGUGGCAUUAUCGUUAUCGUCCUGCCAUCGUCUGGUCUCUUCAUGGUUGACCCUAAGUCAGAUAUCUUUUAAACGUACAACACAUCCUUGGAGGCUGUGAAGGUUGGCCACCGUCUUUUCGCUACAUAAAUGAAUUUGCCGCGGCAAUUUGUUUGAAUAAUUUGUGAAGGCAAUCCUCUUUCGUUGCAUGCAUCGAUCAGAGGGGAAGCGGGUUUCUGGCCGAGGGGAGGGCUCUACAAUGAGAUGAAUUAUACCUUCCAAGAAAGACCACCGUCUGAAAACCUUCCUAUUGCCAGUCGAUGCCAUGUGCUCAUAAGUUUGUCUGCUGCCCGGAUAACUACAAUCUCGCAAUUUCUAAUUAUCCGUGCGCUAUACCAAUUCGCAGUCUUAAUCCUUGUAAAAGAAUAAACUUGAGGUAAUAUAAUAACCAUAACAUUUACAAUUAAUGAAAAUGCCUUACUGCACUCCACGUGUGCGACCACCGUCUACCUGUCGGCUAAUCCGCCGAAUGGCGCGGGCCUGUAACAUCCGUUGUGUCCUUGUUCUGUGAAAUGGAACAUUUACCUCCAAUGGUUGAUCGUACCUCCACAUCUAUAGUGGGUUUUCUAUGACUUCCGACUUCCACAAGAGGAGGUUUAGGUCUCUGUAUGUAGACUACAGUGUCGGAAUUCAUCAAACGGAUGACCAGUACGAACGGAAGAAGGAAAAUGUAUAUAAAAUAGUACAUGGGAAUUGAUAAUAUCGUGAAACGAUAGAAUGGUUGCAUUAACGUUGAUGGGGCCUGAAUAAGAAUUGGGAAGUAUUACGUUAGAUAUUUGGCGAGUCAAGAGAAGGUCUUGUAAGACAGUUGAUAGUUAUGAUAGUAAGACUUGCCUGAGCGCUAGCAAACGUCAGGGCAUCUAGGGCGCAAAAUUACCCGCUGUCCGACCUCUUUCUUAUUUCUCCUCCUCCGUAUCGCACCCCAGGACUCGACCAUUGAUUGCUACAGGCCGCCUCAUCCGACCGAACACGGACGCGAGGACUUUGUCAAUCACUUAGUUGGAAAAUCAAUUGACCACGUGCUGCAACUUGGAGCAGCACCAUUCAGGAGUCUCGUCGCAUUCCUGUCGGGACCGUACCCUCCUCAGCCUCCAUUACCCAUAGAGCUGGGUAAUUAUUUACCAUACUGACAAAGCAGGUCAGUAUGGUAAAUAAUUAUGCAGUUCUAUACUUCUGGCUGCCUGUUGGCGGUUUGUGAGGAUUACGUGGCUAUUCCGCAGUAGUUGAUGGAUGUCAGCUCAAAUAUUCAUACCACAUUUCGAACCGUGCCUGAAAAGGUCUGUUCCGAUGGAUUUACUGCAAGUUCGCACAUUAAUUUCCUCGAAAAUUAAACAGUCCACUACCUAUCUCACUCGAAACGUAUUCUCGCCUAAGUAGUCAUUCAUGCCCGCUUGUGGCAGACAAGUAAUUUACUAAUUUAGUAUUGACUAGUAAACGGGCAAUAUACUAUAGACCCUCUAUGGCGACUUACGUUUUGUUUUCAUUUAAUUCCGCUUAAAAGUAAAAUCCAAGGCAUUCAAAUCUGUUUUAUGUGUGGUAAGAUGUUCGCCGACGACUCCUAUAGGACACACAGUAGAUUUGCUAACUCAUGAAAUGUUAGUCGAAACCCUGAAAUGCGUUUUCGACCCGAAAUGAUAACUUAAGUAGGGUUGUGAUAUAAACUACCCGGCAGCAUAAUCUCAAGAUUAUUCAAUUACCUUCGAACGAACCUCUUUCCGGCAGCCUGCAAAAACUACACUCUAUAAAGAUUGAGUACUUAAGCAACAUGAAUUUCACUCACUGAUUUUCGGCGUCCUUGUAAAUUCAAAUAUUUCAUAGAAAGCAUGCAUUUAAAUAUUGACUCUUUUAUUCGUUUACUAGAAAAUUAUUUCUUUUUCAAUUUUUAUACUUGAAACGUUGUUUUCUGCCAAAUGAGUAGAAGGAUGAAUAUCUGAUUAUAUGUUUUCUAUGAAAUAUAUUUAAAGUAAUAAGGACGUCGAAAAUCAGUGGGAGAAAGUCAUGCUGAUUAAAUAGUCAUUCUUUAAAGUGUAGUUUUUGCAGGCUGCCGGAAGGAAGUUCUUUCGAAGGCUGUCAUCCUGAUUAUAUUGCGCGAUGACUAAUGUAACAACCCUACUUAAGUUAUCAUUUCGGGUCGAAAACGCAUUUCAGGAUUUCAGUUAGCAUUUCAUGAGUUAGCACAUCUACUGUAUAAGUAGCAAAUAGACUAGGCGCCUUACCAGCAAUUAAAACGAAUGUGUAACACUGAAUUUUAAUGCAAAAGCGUUCUGGAUUCGGAAACCCAGUUUUGGUAGGGCAGAGGAAUCAAUAACCCAUAUUGCGAGUGUGCUUGUGCUAAAUUUCAGGCGGGGUAGGGUUAAAGUUUGGUGAUUUGUACAGGCCCCUCUUGGGUUUUAACGCACGGCCACUUUUAAUUCGGUGGUAUUUAUUACAGUGUCCAGCCUCGGGUUUAUUUGCGAAAAGAUCGUUUAUACAGAGAGACUGGGAAAUCCGAAUUCUUCGCCAGCUUCAUUAAAAUUAAAUGGUAAAAUGUUUCAACCUUAAAAUAUCGUACGCUAUUUUACCAGUAAUGUUUGGCGUGAUCACCCCAAGCAGUCCGCGGAAUUUUCUCAAUUAAAACAACCUGUUAUGGGUAUGAAUGGACUUGGGAAUAUAUGCAAUUCCCACAACUCUCAACUCCCCGCUUAAUUGGUAUUUCGGCUGAUGUUUCAUAAGUUUCAACGCAUUUCGGGCAAUGGUGGAAAUUCUGUGCCAUACUUCUCAUUAUACCGCCUGUCUGAAUACAAUUUUCAAACUGUUUACAGCCGAUUUACCUGCAUGGUUUCAAAUAGCUCCACUUAAAUCCCCGCUGCCACUAAUUUGCCUACAUGUUACGUAAGUCUGGGCGAGUUGAGUUUUGUUCGAACGUGAAAUAAUAAUCCUGGCAAAAUUCCCAGAAUAUCCGUCUUGUGAUUUUUUCUCUAUGAUAAAGAAACCCCUGGGCGAGGCUGUGCGAGUGCGUCGUUUUAAGGAGAGUCUUAUACAUCUUCACCUUACCUCGCUUGUUGCACUCUCAGUCUUCCUUUGCUAGUGUGUGUUUCGUUGGAUUAUCGUGUACUUAAUUGCUAGCCCCCAUAUCCUCUCCCUAUAGGUCCUACGUGACCUCAGUGCCAGAAUCUGCUCCUGUGGGUGUCGAUUUCUUCACUUUUCUCAUCUCCGACCCUGACAUCUCGGACAAGGGCCUUUUCGAGUGUCUUCUCACUGAAGCAAAUGCCUUCUUUGAUGUCGUCUUCCUCGACUCUAUACAGGCCUGCGGUGUGCGGGUAAGCACUAGUUGCCUUAAAUCAGGCAUUUUUCCUUCCAGUCAGGAGUACACACCUCCUGCAACUUUCGUGUUUACUGCAUGACACCAUUCGUGGGGCAGAGGGGGUGGUGGAGCCAAACUUGAUCUCUCUGUAAUGGUCUGUGCUGCCGAAAUACAGUAUAUCUUCGCAAUCAGCAGCAUUUGCGUUGGGCACUAUCUGCAUGCAAGCACCUCCUAAUGACUCACAAGAGUCGCUGAUGCAAGUCACAUUUUUGCUGAGUUCCGCGCUUAUUAAUAAGAUGGCUUGAUUCCUGCACGAUGUUUCUUCAAGUGUUUAGACUAUCAUGCAGUUGUCUCUGUCGCCUUUUCGGGCUUCUUAAAAUGCCCUCAGAAGCACAAAUAGUAAGGCAGAUAAACACGGAUCACGCGAAAGCCCCAUAUGAGCUUUCGUGGUGGAGAAAGCAGUUUGUGCUACCUUUAAAAAGGCUGGAAAAGGAGUUUGCUAAUUCUGCCUUUUGCGCCGUAAGGGCUGUGCAGACUCUGCCACGGCAUGUCUGCACGAACAUGUCUGUGAACAGUGUGCCGAAAAAAAAUCUGAUAAAUUUCCAGGCUCGUGCAUUGGCCUCCAAAUGACUAGUGGAGCUCAGGGAGAUGAUUAGGGGGGGGGCAAAGGGGAUCCAAGUAAACAAACCUGUUUACUGACCUACGGCUAUGUCGUGGUGCCCGAGAAACCUAGGGAUCAGAUUGCGAAUUGGGAUGUCGACAGGGUUAAGGCCAAAAACGAGGGGAUAAAACGCACGGAAUAAAAGUGACAGAAUUUAUAAAUUACAGAAAUUAAAAAUAGCAUCUCACUCAAAACGCGAUGUGAAUCAAAAAAUCCGCCUGUUAAUACUUUUGUCACUGCGAGUUUACUUGGAGCAUACUAUACAAUAAAUUAGGGCGUAAGCGGUCCAUAGCCAGACUGAUCUGUGACCACGUGCUCCUAACAUUAACUGUUAUAUCGUCAAUGAUGGAAUUUUGUCGGAAUCGUAUAUUUAUACGCCGAGUUAUUGAAAAUGGCAAGAAGCUAGCCCCGAGAUAUUGAUAAUGAAAACCUUGUGUAAGCGGCGUUAACCUUUUUGAAGCAAAUCGGUUCCUUUCCACCUAAGCUCGCAACGUGUGCGCGCAACAAUGCUAGACUUAUAAACGCAAUCCUGCACCUCCGUUAUUAAGUGCUAAAGUAAAAUGUAGAUGUGUUAUCUCAUGAAAUGUUGACUGAAAUUCGGAAAUGUGGUUUUGAUUCGAAAAGACUGCUACAGCACAGUUGCAAUACUAAUUAUCACACAACAUAAUACUAAAGUAUAUAUGUCAUGUCUGGAUCCCCGUUCUUGUAUAGGCUUCUUUCCGGCCACCUGAAAAAACUGCACUGUGAAAAAUGAUGUGAAAAUAGUAUAAAUUUCCCCAUUGAUUUUCGGCGUCCUUGCAAACACGCACAAAGUGCUCCGUUAUGCAUAUACAUGGAAACAAAUUAACACUCUUUUCUAAAUUUUAUACUUACGUGAAUGGUAGCGUUCUGAUAUGAGAUUUUUUAAGACCUUAAAAUGUCCAAUCAUGCAACGUCGUAUUAACAAGUUUGCUAAUGAUGCUUUUAAAGUGGACAACAAGGUUACCACCCCCUACAAAGUUUUAUGAGCUCCCUUUGACAAAUACUUAACAGUGUAUAAAAAUUUAUGAUUUUCCUUAGGGUGAAAGCAUGCAGCUUACAUAUUUGAAAACCUGAAUGCAAAUCUAACGGCAAGUCGGCUUCAAAAUUAGUCUAAAAUUUGAAAAAAUUUAAAACCCUGUGAUACGCUUUCUUUAAGCAUAAACUUUAAAAAAGACGUAAUUUUUUACCAGAUGAGUUCAAGAAAGAAUAUUUGUGUGCUUGAUUUCCAUAAAAUAUGUUCGAAUUUGUAAGGAUAUCGGAAAUCGACGGGAAAAAAUCAAACCUUUUACGUAGGCAUUUGUUACGGAAUUAAGCUCGUUCAAAAGUAGUCAUCCUGACGUAACUUAAAUAUCUGCGAACUAUGCUGUACGAUAAUUAACACUGCAGUCCCACUUAGGUAAUCUUUCCGAAUUGAAAACGCAGUUCAUAAUUUCGGUUAACAUUUCUCGAGAUAGCACAUCUAUUGCCAGUACUAUAAUGCGUGUCUUUUACGGGUUUUAUAGAAAUAAGUGAGUCUUGCCUGGCCCGCAUUACAACCCCUGAACUUCAAAUGGCAUGUUUACCGGUAACUCAAGUGUAGGCACACUAAAGCAGUGUGCCUGUCUUCCUCUGUAGAAUGUGACCUAAAAAAUUGCCCGAGUGAUUGCAUAAUGUAACAGAUAUCCAUCGUGUUUUAGCCCAAGAUCAAGCUUGAUCUAGAGGCCACGCCACCGUCGCCACCGGGUGCUCAAAUUAUCAGCGUCACAGUUUUCGACAGCAAUCGUUUGCACAGUGCAUUGGCCACUGUUCAGAUCAACGUGAUUGAGGACAAUGAUCGCCCACCCGUUGUUUCCCACACUGCACUUGAUCAAUUUUUGGACGGUACACUCGGACCUACGCGGCUUUCCCAUCUGCGGGUGACAAGUCUGGAAGCCGCAGAGACCAGUUUCACCUUCCAGUUAGAAUCCAAAUCAUCGGCGGGUGGCAUGUUCGGUCUGACUUCCGUCAUGCAGGACUCUGUGAGUUUGAUCUUAAUUGAUCCGUCUCGCGUAAGAUUGUUCUGUUGUGCUUUUUGGCAGAGAUCAAGGUCUAGAGAGGAUUUCGAAAUUGAAGAUAAAACAUCAUUUAAGUCUAAUGAAGUACCGGGAAAGGUAUGUCUCUCUCCUAAAUGUCUAAGUCCUAAAUGCCCAGUUCAAAGUAGAUAGAAUCCAUGAUACAGAAGCCAGUUUUGUGAAGUCGGAGGGCAGACUGAGAUGGCGAUUUCUUCAUUGCAUGUAGUGUGGAAUAAUGCUCCUCAGGUGACCAGUGGGCACAGAGGGGUGCAUUUUCAUCAUGCGACAGCCUAAUGCCAAGUCAAGCACCGCGCUCAACCUAACCUUUUUUAGCCUUUCCUGUCGCACUUUUGUGCCUUCAAGAUGUCGUUACUGUUGGGGUUUGAAAGUUACCUGACUUAACCUUCCAUCGGAAGGAGUGUCAUGUUGCUAGUGUGCCUUCGUAAUAUUACAUAAUGGCAACUCUCACAGGCGUGAGAAAUAAGUACGUCCGGUUCACGUGGACUUAGGUAACAGCACGUGUGUGUCAUGUAUCGACGGGGCUGUCCACACGGUCAGCCAUCGCAUCCCAGCCCAUCUUCAGUCAUCGUGACUCAGUGCAGAGUGAUGCUUGCGACAAAGGAGAGGAGUUGCUGCUGCGCAAGUCUCCCUCAUUUUACUGCAAGACACACACACACAAGUCACUACUGUUUUCUCCGACGGCGACCUCCAAAUGAUUAAACUAUGCUGGUUCCUAAACCCUGUGCCGUCGGGUUUUCGAUUCCAAAUUUGGUUUUAGAACCCCACUCCCAAUGACUCAUGUCUUAAGUCUGAAUGUUCAUAGUCUUGUGAAUAACAUAAACGAAAGGACAGCUUCGGCAAAGCAUCGAGCGCACUUGCACGCUCUACCACUCACCCAAACUCGCCUUCAAACAACUCCAUCUAAAUAUUUCUUUCCGAUUUUUUUAUAAUUCAGCCACUUGUUAGAUGAAACUUGAUCCUGCUUGCAGAUUGUACCUGUCAUUUCAGAUAUACUCGAAUAUAUUCAGUUUUCGAAUUUCAGUCGGACUCGCACUUGAAAUAAUCUGGCCGAUUUAUAAACUCCGUUGUCAUAGGCCCAGUUGACUCUGAUCUCGCGACUGGACAGAGAGACUCUGAGUGUGCUCCUGGCCGGACCGGACUCCCCCGCGGACAGCCCGAAUACCCCCUCACUAACUGAUGGCCGGCUGCGGUGGCCACUGAUCGUGACCGUCAGCGAUCAGCGUGAGCCUGCUCUUAGCACCACCACUACCCUUACAUUGACGGUGCGGACCCAGGGCCCCCUCAUCCCCCCGGCCGCCCUCACCGGCCUUACUGUGCCCAACGGGGCGCCUGUAGGCACCGAGGUCAAACCAACUGACAUUUCGGCCAAGUGAGCAAACAAACGGUUUCACUUGAUUAUUUAGUUUGUGCCUAAUUUCUGGGAGUGCAAAAGAAAAUGUUUUCAGCAGGGACUCAAGAUUAAUUUUAAAAAGUAACACUAAGGUACCUGAAAGAGGAUACCUCGUCGGGAAGGAUGUCUAAGGAUUCAGAACUAGGAGAGGGUCGUAGUCGGAAAAUACACUGGACGAAUUUUUAGUUAUUCGAUAGGAGACCAUGUUCUUGCGACCAGGAGUAAUUUGAUGCAAAUCAAUAUAAUAAAUUAACCACGCCUCUUGAAGACAAAUCACUUCCUUCGUACUGUGUUCUUUUUUCAACAAAGUAGCUCCAUACUGUGAGUUCUGUUGAAUAUCGCACUACAGUUUGUCGAAAGGAAGCCUGAAAUUGACAAUAAACAGAUAUCAAAGCAACAGGAUUCUAACGGAAUCUUUGCCGGUGAAGCCAGCAAUAGCGCAGGCAUCGGUAAAUCAUAGAGUCAGUCGUUAGACAUGACUGGUUAUUUGUUCUGCGAAAAUUCCCAUAUUAAAUUGAAAAGUCAAUUGGCUAACAUAUGUUUUCGGUAAUUCCUCAUCAGGCCUGCACAUUUUCAAGGGAAAUGAUCAGUCUAAUUGUCGACAGGGUAUAAAUGCGUCUCGGGGACAGGGUUAAUCGGACUCCAUGUUCCCACGCCACCCGCAUGACGGAGUCAGCGUGUUGAGGACGCUGGAGUUGGGGUGGGAGGGGGGAAGUAGAGGGGUUCCGGUUAGAUUGUAGGCGCUGUGAGUGCGUGUGACUGCUCUCAGUGCGUCGGGACGGCGUGCGAUCACCGUCUGGAGUCGGCCAGGGCAGACAGACUGCUUGUGUCAGCGUCUUCUGACAACAGAGUGCUGGGUUCGCCAGUCGAAUGGCCAUUGCUUCGGCUGUGGCUAGCACCCGUUUGAGCAGGCCUUUAUAGUAGUGUGUCGGUGCCCCGUAGAUAACUUUAAAAACUUCUUUAGCGUCGGUUUGAUGGUUCGUAUCGAUUAGAUGUGCGAGAAUUGAACUCGAAAUCGAUCGAUGUUCACCUCUACCUAGCCAGGCAGGCAUGCGUUCGCGUCUUCUCCUUUCCAGACGCCUGGUUGUACGGCCAAUAUAUCCCGCUCCACAGGAGCAGGUGAAUGAAUAAAUACACAUGGAUGUGGCCUGUAACGGCAGCCGGUCUUUGCCCCCCAACCGUAGUAGGGGGGAGUUGGCGAAGAAUACGCGCAAGUUCGCCGCGGGGAAGGCACUCGCGAGAGCUGUCCUGAGACGUCGUCUCACUAAUUCGCUUGCUGCGUUUCCUAUUUAUGUACUUUUACACACUACCCAUACGUCCGACAAAGAGCUGGAAAACCAGUCACCUAAAUUUCGCAAUAAGAGUGACUUUUCCCAAAGAAUCUCGUCUCUUUCUAAAGAUAAACAUGCUGAACGGAGUACCUAUAAGAAAAAGAGAGGCUGAGAUAGCCAUUUCUGGUCUUUUAACCAUCUUCAACCGGCCAGCCAUCCAGCCAUACCAAACAUCUAGUUUUGAUAACCUGGGACUCAAAUCAGCGAUCUUUACUCAGAGUGGUUAGAUUAAAAUCACUACCAGUUAGUCAUAUAUUUGUACCGAUUUUAUGUAUAUCUGUCGUUGGUGGCUCCCACAACAGGCUGUGCCAAGUCUGCGCGAACUCCUAGCUACUACCGUGCAUGGGCUGAGUAGUGAUACGCCUAAGCGCAGGCUUCAGACCGCCCCAGCCACUGCACGCAAUCCCGUCACCAGAUAGCUAACAGGCUUGGACGCAUGAGGAUUCAAGAGGGAGGAGUGUGAGGUCGACACUGAAGAAAUCCCCACCCCCACGACCCUUUAGUGCAUUCCUCGCUAUCAAAAAUGUUGCACUUUAGUCUCUCUCGACGCGCCAAAAGUCGUGGCUUGUAAGGCUGCUAACCGUCUGGGUAGUUCGACCCUCCCAGGUCUGAGAGUCGGACUCAGUGACCCCUUCCAAUUGUGUGUCCGUUAUGGUACUCCAACUUAACUUGCAUCUGAGCCGUCCCCUUUUUGUAAAAAUCUCUUUCUUUGUGCGAAAACCACUUCGUGUGUAGCUGAUUAAUUUUUGCCAGCCCGAGCGUCCUGCUCCUGUCUUACUACGGCAAAGAUAGUUCGGUAGAAGCCGUGCAUAUCGGCUAUCAUUAUAAACUAAUUCAUGCGCAAUUUGCCAUCCUAUGCUCAACAGCCCUUGGGGCAAUCGGUGGACAUCACUGUUCGCUAUGGUAUAACUGCCAUAAAUACCUUUAAAAGAUCGGCAUCCCAAGUAACAUAUUUGAAGUCAAAUAAAUUAUUUGGGAAAGACAACACAUUUUUUCAUAAAUUCUUGACGCCGGUUCACCGGGCCGUUGUCAGAGGUGUAUUAAUGCCCAAAACAGUAAAAAAAUCCAAGACCUGGAAAAUCAGGCACACAAACCAACGAACUGGCAAGUCCGUCCAUGUAUUAUGAAUGUGUCCGAACUCGGUGAAAGACACCUGAGGAGGCAACAACUGCAAUUGGCAGACAAAACGUCGACUAUAAUAUGCACCUAGCUUGUACGCUCCACGGAUAGGUUUGACCACCUCUAUAAGAAACUGAAAAGUCAGACACCGCACGCAUAUACGGACAUUAGCUGUCAGUAAAAAGGCGAGACCACCUACCCUAAGUCACCUCGCGUGUACUGGCAGCCUAACACACGUUUUCUUGGGAUGAAGCGCAUUGUUGAUAUCUAUCUAUCCAUGACAGGGCGAAAAUUUCUCGCUCUGAUAACUCAAGCACGAACUAACACAUCGAAAUAGACGUCGUGUACAAAAAAUGGGAAGGAAAUGGGAAAAAGACGGCCAAUCCGAACUGGAUGACAGCACGCAACAAUCGGUGAAUGCAUUUCCGACACAGUUUGUAUUUCCGAUCGCAGUCGCAAUGACAACGAGUCAAAUGACCAGGUAACUCACGGCAACAAUCAAUAACCCUGAUGAAAUCACCGUGGUUAGCUAAACGGGCGCGGUCUAACAAGCAAUUAUCGCAUCAAACAACUCCAAGGGAUGAACGCGGAUGCUGCUAAUUACCAUAGGUACGUGGUCGAAUGGAAAUCCGAAACGUCAGGCCACUACACUUCUUGUUCCAGCGAUCCCUCUUUAUUAUUCUUCUGAAUAAGUAAAGAUGGAGAGAGACUCAGCACAGCCAGACCUACAAACGCCACGAGUUAAAAUGGCCACCAUUUCUGUCUAACGCAAUAGCUGUGCAGUUCGUACUGGGGUUCGCGUAGUCACACCACUAGUUCAGUUACAAAGAUGGAAAGGAAGUUUCUUUUACCAACCGCUAAACUUGCCUUAGUGAACUAGUUUAUUUGACCCAAUUGUAAAAAAACUCGGUAGGAUUCGAAGCCACGACAGCAAUAGCAAGGUUGGAGUACAGCUAACGCUCUAAACACUGGGAGCCGUGAAGUAAAUUACACUUGGGUUGAGAGGAAUAAAUAAAAACUAAAAGCCCAGUUGGCUGUGAAGACGGGCGUUUCGAAAUCUGCAAACGUAUCGCGGGUACUAUUUAUGGCAAAAUAUCAUGAGCGAUUUUUGUCUCUCAAUAUAUGACACACUUGUCUUGUUUACCUUUCUAUACAGACUUGGCAUAGAAGAACAGUAUAUGUUCCUCAGUCCCUUUAUGUACUUCGAACGAUUAGUCCAGCCUCUAAAAGGUUUUCACCAAUGUGACCGGAAACCACUGCCUUUAACUAUAUUCUAAACUCGUCUCUUUCCUACUUUCAGGGAUGUAGAUUUUCCAACUCAGGACGAUUCGAUCACCUACUCGAUUGUACCCGAGGCUACUGUGGCCGCACGCCUAUUUACAAUCGUUGAGGGCCCUCCAGGAAGCUUCAAGCUGACCACUAAAGUCGUCUUGAAUCGAGAUGUCGAGGGAACUGCGACUGUACUUGUGCCUGUCAUUGCGUCCGGUGCGCAGUCCCGAUCAGCGACUUCUACUCUGACUGUCACGAUUACAGAUAGCUCGGCAGCCACCCCUGACUCCCCCGCCACCGGCAAGGUGGAGGUCUACAUUCCCGAAUGUGAGCACGUCUGGUUUGAUGCCCAAAUUGUCUCCUGA